AUGUCACCAAAUGUCACAAAUGUUGGUAGGUGUAUUGGGUAUCAUGAGCAGCCAUCGCCUAACUGUGGUUAUUAUAUGUCUGUGUCUGUCUGUCUGUCUGUCUGUGUGUCUGUCUGUCUGUGUGUCCGCAGGGUGCGGCUUGAGGCGUUCUCAGACAACAGUGGGAAGCUGCAGCUCUCCCUACAGGAGAUCAUAGAAUGGCUGACAGCCAAGGACGAGGAACUGUCGGAGCAGCUGCCCAUAGGGGGCGACGUGGGGGCUGUCCAACACCAGAGGGAGUUCCACCAGGUACUGUGUUGGGCCCCUUUCAAAAGCUACAUCACACAAACACUCAAACAAGCCAAACUGGUAGGUAAGAAUUAGGAUGUUCUUGUAAAGCAGGGCUCUCCAUCUCUGUUCCUGGAGAGCUACCCUCCUGUAGGCAACAAAACUGUAUUUUAUUCCAAGUUUUUUCUGUGGCACUAAGGAACAUUCAACUAUGGUCCUUUGGUUCCAUUCUCAAUGGCUUCUAUAGAAAGUGGGAUUGAAUGAAUUUACUAUAGGCAGAUACACAGUAAUUACAGUGAACUAUAGUUAUAAAUUGCUUGAGUGGAGCCCAUCAUUCAUGCCGAGCUGCAGGAAUGUGUGUUUGUGUUACCUUCCAGUUGACUUGUAUUGAUCAAACAAAUCCAAAGGCACCUUCACAGCACAAACCAGGAUCACUUUGUCUCUCCCUAGAAACUCCUUAGUUACCUGUUUGGAAUGAAUAGGGCCACUAGGUUAUGUUUCAGUGCUUUGACACUAAUCUUAGUUUAAGGUUAGCCCAUUGGUAACAUUAAGGAUAGAGGGAAGAAAGCACUUUGAGAGUAGUACAUACUUAAUCCCUCCACAGGGAUUUAUCUACUUUCAAUUAGUAACCACUUCGAUUUGAGGCUCUCUUAAUUUGGCCAUCUAUCAAAAUAACGACUCUGGUUGUUAUCUACAGGAGAGAUCUGAGGCAACAAGAUCGCCGUGGUGUGUGUUAAAACCACCCAGUGGAGAAUCUAUAAAGAUACCCUGAACUGUCGUUGAGUAAGAGGAGUGGUUCAGCUGAAAUAUUUUUAUUUGACAUGUUAAAAAGCCCCGGCUGAUCUGUGUUGAUGAAGAGGGGAAUUCAACUGGUUGAAAGCUGAGAGUAGUGGAGCCAAGCAAGCAGAUGCCGGGUGUAGAAUAUAAGAGGGGGAGAGAUAGAGUCUCUCAAAUUCAGGGUCUUGUUCUGCACUCCUCCUUAUUCUGUGGUAGAACAUUGAGAAAAUCCUUCCUUGCAAUGGUUCCUGGGUUUUUUAUAAAUGUCCCAGUAAACACAACUCCAUUUGGUAUGAUAUGUUCCACAAACACAAACAGGCAGGCAGGAAGGCAGAUACGCACACGCACAUGCACACGGACCAUAAUUGGUCCUGUACUACAGCAGAAUGCUCUUUCCACCUACGUUCCAAUUUUCUGUGCUGUCAGUUUGUGCAGUGUGUCUCUGAGGGGAGAGAGCCGUAUUGACAGUGAGAGUGGUCCGCACCUCCCCCUCCUCCCCCCUCCACCGCCACUGACUGCCGCUGUGAAAUCAGCUUACCAAAUAACAGGACAAAAACCAUACAGUCACACACCAUCUCUCUCUCUCUCUCUCUCUCUCUCUCUCUCUCUCUCUCUCUCUCUCUCUCUCUCUCUCUCUCUCUCUCUCUCUCUCUCUCUCUCUCUCUCUCUCUCUCCUGCUAAGAGAUUAUAGCCCACUGUGCUGUUUCCUCCCUCCCUCCCUCCCUCCCAUACUACAGAUUUUGUUACUUAGCAUGUACCUGCUAAAAUCACUAUAGCUCCCCUCCCCUCCUCUACUCUCCACCCUCCUCCUUCCUCACCCCUUUCCUCCCACCAUCCCUUUUAUUUUCUCUAUGUCCCCAUUUUUAAUGCAGUCUUCCUUUAUAAUCUAUCUAAGGAGCUCCCACUCCCCAAGCGUGACGUUGCUCUAAAACUUUUCAGACAAAGUGGAGAGGGAAAUCGUAUGGAGUUUUCUGUGGAGAAUUACAGGGUUUUAAGAAAUGUGAGUUAUUGAUCUUACGUGGAUUUAUUCUGCAGUGGUUCAGUGCGUGGGGAUGUGUCCCUUUCAGUUUGUGUGUGUGCGCGUGCAUGUGUGUGUGUGCGUGCGUGGGCAUCACUCUAUAAGUAUGUGUGUGUGUAGCGGUCUAUACAUAUGAGUGUAGUGCAGAAUCUAUUCAUCCAGAGAAAAGAGAGGAGGAUGAAAUAACUAUAAUUAUUAUAAUAUAUGUCAUUUAGCAGACGAUUUUAUCCAAAGCGACUUACAGUCAUGCGUACAUACAUUUUACAUAUGGGUGGUCCCUGGAGUCAAACCCCCUACCCUGGCGUUACAAGCGCCAUGCGUUUUGAGAAAGCUCAGUGUAAUGGGGUCUCUGGGGGCCCCAGACAUAAAUGAGCGGCCGUCAACAUGUUUGGAAGGAGCAAUGAAACCAUUUCCUUCUCUGACUCUUCCUCCUCCAUCCUGCAUAAUGUAGCCUAAUUGGAGCUGAAGUCUUUAUAUUUAAUGUUCCUUUAGCCAAAGACGGAGCCCCUCAGUGUGAAAUUUAGCUGGAAUUAAAGUUUUAACGCAGCGGAGGCCUAAGGGAGGGAUGCAAACCCGCAAUCCCACUCCGGGUACCAACUGUUCCCUCAGAAAAAGAAACAAGUGGGUUAAAGUCUGAGUUUCUUAGUAACCUCACCAGGAAAUCUUAUCAGAAACCGCAGCUCCUGCACAGAACACAUUUCUGCAUGUUUGCUUAGCAUCAGUGGUAUAUGCCAGUUCAGUGGGGCUCCAUAUUUAAUUCAGACAGUGAGGAGGGAGGCUGGUGUUAUCAGGGAGUGACUGGCUGUAGUCAUGGGGUUUAAUAGCCACUGAAAGACAGUUGCCACUGCGUCACUCACCACGGGGGAAACCCGGGCCCGGCUCCACGAGGGGGCAAAAGGGGGCUCAGUUGAAACUUGUGCCUCCUCGGUUUUAGUUUUAUGUCCCUAUAUAAAAAUAGCAAAAAAGUUCAAAUGAUUGAGUGACAGGUUGGCGCAAAAUCUGUAUCUUCUCUGCGCUGUGUCAGCACAAUGGACAGUGCUCGCUGUGGUGUGUGUAGGGGAGCUAUGGAAAGCCACUGAAGUGGUUAGGUAUUACUAGGGCUCCCGAGUGGCGCAGUGGUCUAAGGCACUGCAUCUCAGUGCUUGAUGCGUCACUACAGACCUGCUGGUUCGAUUCCAGGCUGUAUCACAACCGGCCGUGAUUGGGAGUCCCAUAGGGUGGUGCGCACAAUUGGCCCAGCGUCAUCUGGGUUUGGCCAGCGUAGGCCGUCAUUGUAAAUAAGAAUUUGUUCUUAACUGACUUGCCUAGUUAAAUAAAAAAUGGUGACCAUAUUACCACCACACCGGCAGUCACGGGUCAUGACCACAUUCAAAUUCCAUGUGACCGUUUAGUCACGGUAACUAGGCUUCUCCAAGAUCUGAUGCUGCUCAUGGUCAUUAGUAGCCUACCAAACUUGCUAACUGCCUGGUAUUCAUCACUCUGACAUCAAAGAUUUUUUUUCUCCAAAAUCAAACACUUCAUGAGAGCCCAUGAGCGCAACAGUUCAAUAGGCUAUGCAAUUGCAUGAGAAGUUUUGAUGGCUUCUAUUAAAAAGAGGAGGAUCCCAUCAGAUUUCUAUAGACUAGGCCUACUGUAUUUAUUUAUCAGCUUUCCUAAUAUUAAGCAAAUUGCUUCGCUUUACAACAGGAUUAUAGCCUACCUGGCUGGCAUGAAAAUGAUCGACGUGAAAGGCGUCCUCCAUUCGCUAUUUAAGUGCAAAGAUGACCUGUAUUUUCUUCCAAUGCCCUUGUUCUGAGACAGGUGCAUGAUAAUGGUCCAUUCUAAAUCAAAAGUAAUUUCACACAUAUUAUUUAGUAUAUGUGUGAUGAGGUGAUUUUGAAGGAGUCAGGCACAGGAGGGUAAAUCACAGAAUAACAGGAUUUAUUCUGAACCACAGAGUUACGCAGUAAUGCAUAAAAACACUCUAGUGCGCAAAUCAGGCGCACUGGAAAAUACAAGGCACACAGGGAAUAUUCCCGGCGAUACAAAAUACACGGAGCUCCACCAAGCUUCUCUUUCCUCCACAAUAAACAAUCACACACAAAGACAAGGGGGGAGAGGGAACACUUAAACAGGUACUGAUGAGGGGAUAUGAACCAGGUGUGUGUAAUAAACAAGACAAAACAAAUGGAAUGAAGAGAUGAGGAGCGGCAGUGGCUAGAAGGCCGGUGACGACGAACGCCGAAGCCUGCCCGAACAAGGAGAGGAGGCAGCCUCAGAGGAAGUUGUGACAGUACCCCCCCCCCCCCCCCCCCUUGAUGCACAGCUCCAGCAGCGCACCGACACCGGCCUCAGGGACGACCAGGAGGACGCGGAGCAGGGCGAGCCGGAUGGCGACAGUGGAAAUCCCGCAACAGGGAGGGAUCGAGGAUAUCCCUCGCCGGGACCCAGCACCACUCCUCCGGACCGUACCCCUCCCACUCCACGAGGUACUGAAGGCCCCCCGCUCGACACCUCAAAUCCAGGAUGGAACGGACAGGGUGUACACCGGGGCCCCCUCGAUGUCCAGAGGGGGCGGAGGGACCUCCCGCACCUCAGACUCCUGGAGCGGACCAACCACCACCGGCCUGAGGACAGACACAUGGAACGAGGGGCCUUGAACUUUGAACGGCCCCACAAACUGCAGGCUCAGCUUCCGGCAGGGCAGGCGGAGGGGCAGAUUCCGGGCCAAGAGCCAGACCCGAUCACCCGGUACAAAGACCGGAUCCUCACUGCGGUGGCGGUCAGCGUUGGCCUUGUGGCGAUGCACAGCACGUUGGAGGUGGACAUGAGCAUCGUUCCACGUCUCCUCCGUGCGCCGAAACCAGUCAUCCACCGCAGGAGCCUCGGUCUGGCUCUGAUGCCAUGGUGCCAGAACCGGCUGAUAACCUAAAACACAUUGAAAUGGCGUUAGGUUAGUGGAGGAGUGGCGGAGAAAGUUCUGGGCAUAUUCGGCCCAUGGCAAGAACACCGACCACUCCCCUGGCCAGUCCUGGCAGUAGGACCGCAGGAACCUACCCACAUCUUGAUUCACCCGUUCCACCUGCCCAUUAGACUUGGGGUGAAAACCAGAGGUCAGGCUGACCGAGACUCCCAGACGUUCCAUGAACGCCUUCCAGACCCUAGAUGUGAACUGGGGACCCCGGUCAGACACUAUGUCCUCUGGCACCCCGUUGUGCCGGAAGACAUGUGUAAACAGGGCCUCCGCAGUCUGCAGGGCCGUGGGAAGACCGGGCAGAGGAAGGAGGCGGCAGGCUUUGGAAAAGCAGACAAGAGAAGGCACCUACUGCAGCUCAGCUUGACACUGAGGUGGAGAUGGCUCUGUGCGUAACGCCCACUCUAUGUCCGCGUCCAUCGCCCAUACUACCGGCGCCACAAUGCAGGAGGCCGGGAGUAUGGGGGUGUUGUCUAUGGGCCUCUCCUCUGUGUCAUACAGACAGUGCGUCUGCCUUCACGUUCUUCGUACCCGGGAUGUAAGAUAGUGUAAAAUCAAACUGGGUGAAGAAUAGGGCCCACCUGGCCUGGCGAGGGUUCAGCCUCCUCACUGCCCAGAUGUACUCCAGGUUACGGUGGUCUGUCCAGACGAGGAAAGGGUGUUUUGCCCCCUCGAGCCAGUGCCUCCACACGGUCAGGGCUCGGACAACAGCCAACAGUUCCCGAUCACCAACGUCGUAGUUCUGCUCCGCCGGGCUGAGCUUCUUGGAGAAGAAGGCACAGGGGCGGCGCUUGGGUGGCGUGCCCGAGCGUUGAGAUAGGACAGCGCCUAUCCCUACCUCGGAUGCAUCCACCUCCACUACGAACGGUAGUGAUGGAUCAGGAUGGGCCAGUACCGGGGCUGAGGUGAACAGAACCCUCAGGUUACUGAAGGCCGUGUCAGCCUCAGCAGACCAGCGGAGCUGGGACGGCCCACCCUUCAACAGAGAUGCGAUGGGAGCUGCGACCUUGCCAAAGCUCCGGAUAAACCUCCGAUAGUAGUUGGCAAAGCCAAUAAAGCACUGCACCUCCUUAACUGUGGUUGGAGUCGGCCAAUUACGCACGGCUGAAAUGCGAUCUCUCUCCAUCUCCACACCUGAGGUGGUAAUGCGGUAUUCGAGGAAGGACACGGACUGCUGGAAAAACAGACACUUUUCUGCUUUGGCAUAAAGGUCAUGUUCCAACAGUUGGGCCAGCACUUUGCGAACCAGGGACACAUGCUCGGCGCACGUAGCGGAAUACACCAGAAUGUCAUCCAUGUAGACCACUACACCGCGACCAAGCAUGUCCUGAAACACCUCGUUCACAAAGGACUGGAAGACGGAUGGAGCAUUCAUCAAACCGUAAGGCAUCACCAGGUAUGCAUAAUGCCCUGUGGUUGUGCUGAAUGCUGUCUUCCACUCGUCCCCUCUCGGACACGCACCAGGUUGUACGCACUCCGGAGAUCUAAUUUUGUGAAGAAGCGCGCCCAAUGCAUUGACUCGAUCACAGAUGGAAUGAGGGGUAGAGGAUAACUAUAACGUAUUGUCCCCUUGUUCAGUGCUCGGUAAUCAAUGCAAGGGCGCAGACCUCAGUCUUUCUUCUUCACAAAAAAGAAACUUGAGGAGUUGGGCGAAGUGGAGGGACAUAUGAACCCCUGGCGCAGGGACCCGGAGACGUAUGUCUCCAUAGCCUCCGUUUCAGCCUGCGACAGGGGAUACACAUGACUCCUGGGAGGCACAGCGUUUAACCAGAGGUUUAUCACGCAAUCCCCCGCCCAAUGAGGUGGUAAUUUGGUCGCCUGCAUUUUGGAAAACGCGUGCGCCAAAUCGAGGUAUUUGAGGGGAAUGCGCACGGUGGAGGUAGUGUCUGGACUUUUCACCGUGGUUGCACCAACGGAAACACCUAGACACCUACCCUGACUUCUCACGACCACCCCGUGAGAACCCUUUGCGGCCAUGAAAUGGUGGGGUUGUGUGGUGCUAACCAGGGAAGACCUAACACAAUAGGGAAAUCAGGAGACUCAAUAAUAAAAAAAAUGACUUGCUCUCGAUGAGUCUCGUGUAUAACCAUAGUGACUGGUGCUGUAACUUCCCUAACGAAACCGGACCCUAAUGGUCGACUGUCAAGUGCUCUGAUGGGGAGUGGAAUGGAUAGGGGAACCAAUGUAAUGCCUAGACUAUGUGCAAAUGACCUGUCCAUAAAGUUCCCAGCUGCGCCUGAAUCGACCAGCACUUUACACUGGAGAACUACCUUGGCGAAGCCAAUUUCUGAUAUCCAUCAUGGCAGUGGCAGAUUAGCUGGUUCGAGCUAGCUAAAUAGGCUAAGGUUAAAUAACACUAACGCUUUUUACAGCUAGCUAAGAAGCUAACUAAACUAAGUAGUGGUGGUGCGUGCGGCAGAGUUGAGUGAAGCCGCUUCAACUGUAAACUUGACCCCGCCCUUAUAAAUCAAAAUCAAAUAUUACAGGUGGAGGCACAUCACGUUAUUCACUUAGCCUAACACAGAUGGGAAGCAUUUUUCCUGCUUUUUAUGGAAACCAAAAGGAGUCAUAACUAGGGGUGGCGGUCAUGAGAUGUUGUCAGCUGGUGAUUGUCAAGCAAAUAACUGCGGUCUCACCAUAAUUGACCGUUUAUUAACAUAAACACGUUUAGCAUCUCCUGGCUUCUAAGCAUAGCCUACAAGUCACUGAUGCAGACCUUUGGAACAUUUACAUUUUAAAAAGUCUAAUAACAUUUAAUAUAGCCUACCCCAUCACAAUAAAUCCAUUAUUUAUUUUAGACAGGUCUAAAGAAACAUGAGAUGAAGAAAAUGUAGUCUAUUUUAGAAGAACGUACUAAUAUAUAGGCUAAAGUUUUUACCUAACGUAAAUUGAGUAGUGAAUGGAGAUUAGCUAUUGAGGACGAGAGAGGCUGGUUGACACUAGCGGUCCAUAGUGCCCACAGGAUUCUCUGUGAGGGUCCUAAAUGGCACCCAGGCAGUUCAGUACAGAGACGGUAUAGUACAGACAGACAGCUAGGCAGUCCUAUGUGGCCCUGCCAGUGGCUCCUCACUGUGUGUGUUCAUGUAUGCAAAUUAAUGUGUGUGUGUGUGUGUGUAUCAUGUACAGUAUGUGUUAUAAUGAGCCCAUGCAUGUUGUAUGUAUGUGAUUGAACCAUGCUUUUAUCUCUCUGUGGGCUCCUGUCCUGUCUGUCUCCAGGUCUUCAUGGAGGAUGUCAAGUCUCGGGGGCCCUUCAUCUACUCUGUGCUGGAGUCUGCUCAGGUCUUCUUGGCACAGCACCCAUUCCAGGAGCCCGAGGAGACGCUGCCCGACGGAAAAGGUCUGCCCACCCACCCCAACCCUAUGCCAAACGCCAACAUACAUAUGUAGGAUCUUAAUUUGAGCCAGUUUGCUACACCAGGAAAAUAAUCCUGCAGCAACAGGAAAUGUAAAUUAUUAUGUGGAUUAUAAUUAAUGGAAAUGUUUUGUAGGGAUUGAUAAAAUGUUUGUUAGGGCAAAUCAAGUCUGACAUUUUAAAGUGGAAAGUACAAACUUUAGAAGCCUUUUUAAACCUGAAUACACUACAAGUUUGCAACAAAAGAGUCACCAACAAAAGAGCGAUCAAAUUAAGAUCCUACAUCUGUAAAUGCCAAUCUGCUCCAUACCACCCCACCCUGCUACACACACCAAAACCAGACCUGAGCAUUGAGAACAGAGAGAGAUAGGGAGUUCAGUAAGUUGAUCUCCAGCAGGUGUGUAUCCACCAUUAGGUCUGAUUAGCAGCUACCUGUCUUGCUGUAUCAGAGUGGAUCAGAUAAUGUAUGUUUGGGGAGAGCAGUUGGGUCGGGACCAAUUAGCCCAGUUCACACCAUCUGGUCAAAUCAAUAAUGCAGCAUGCUAGGCUGUUUCUGCCCCCCUCUCUCCUUCCCUCCCCCACCCAGCAUCCUCUUGCUCUCCACCACUGGUGGCACGCAUGGGGAAAAGAUGGGGGCGAACUCUCCCUGUUUCUCUGCUCCCAACAAUAUAUUUCUCACAGUUUCCCCCAUCCCACAGUUUCUUUCUACUGAUGUUUGCACACAUUGGGGUUAACAGUCUCUCUGCCUGCCUGACCAAACCCUCACCCUGUUCUCCUUCUCCCCCCUCUUCAUUCCCUCCUCCCCCUCCAGAAGUGUCUCCGAGGAAGCGGAUCCUGAACGUGAGUCGCUCAGUGUGGAAGCAGGCCAACGUGGCCAGUGACCUGUGGGAGAAGCUGACUGCCCGCUGCGUGGACCGACACAGGUCAGAUAUGCGGCACAGGCCCACUCCACAACACACCCAUGAUUCUGGGUUUUCGAUUGGCUAGAGAUGUUUUUACCCUGCCUGUACUCAAAUUUCAUUGGGUCUUUAUUUUGUCAGCAACAUGCACCACCUGUAAGUUCAAGGAAAAUGCUAUGGCCGAAAUAAGGUCAGGGUUGGUGUAUUGCUCAGGUAUUAGGGUGAUGUAUUGGGUUAGUGGUAAAACUGGAUAUGACAUUGUAUAAAACAACUGUAGAAGUUAAAGUAUAGUCUGUGUCCAAGGCACAUGGAGCGGACCCUGGAGCGCCUGCUGCAGACCCAGGCAGCCAUGGAGGAGCUGGCGGUGGCCCUAGAGCAGGCUGAGGGGGUCCGGGACGCAUGGGAGCCUGUAGGGGACCUCUUCAUUGACUCACUGCAGGACCACAUCGAUGCCACCAAGGUAAGUAUGUAUGUGUGUGUCUCAAAUAUUAAGCAAGCUGUCUGCUUCAAAUACAAAGCUGUGUUUGUGUGUGUGUGUGUGUGUGGAUAUCAGAUUUCAUUUAGCCCCCAGAAAUGAUUUCAAAUAUAAAAUACCUGUGGAAUCGACACAGAUUAAAUAGUGCCUGAAACAUGAAUACAUCCAGCUUUAUUGAUUAGAUAUGGAGACAAUGCUGUGAAGUUAUUGAUAAGAAAACAGCCUAGAAGAUUCCCUCUAGCUACACUCACCAAUCUGUUAGCUGUGAAGAGGCUCCUCCACUCUGCUGGCUAGAUGGCUGUUAUUUCACAGUAAUUAUGGAAGAUCUGUCUCUCUAUCUCUCUGCUCUCUUAGCUUUGUUUCUGUUAUUAUUGACUCAGUGUGGUUUAAGUGUUUCUGGGCAACAUGAUUUGAUUUUGCAUGAUUUUAUUCUGAUCUUAUUAGUGUCUAUGUCUUGCGUCUUCAGGAUGUGUGUGCCACAUGGGCUUAUAAGACACUGUAUUUUGCAGUAGCAAAAUUAAAUUAUAAUAUAUAUAUAAUGUUUUACUGUUUUGUUAAAUGCACUUUAAAUAAAUUUGAAAGGGCAUAGACCUGUGCAAAAUAUACUGUAAACCUCAUUAGAAUUUAGCAGUAUGAAACUUAAUUAGAAACUUUUCUUCCCAACGAUGUGUGUUGUAAGGAGUUAACUGUGCAUCGUUUAGUUUAAUAAACUGUCGUUAAAUAUUAACCUCCUUAUAACACAUUUCACAAGAAAAGUUUCACAUUGAAUGACCUUGCCUGAUUGUAAUGAGGUUUAUGGUAGCCUUUCCCACCCACAAAUCUGUGCUCCUUUGCCAACAUAAAUGUCACACUCAGUGUGUUUCUGUGUAUUUAUGUGCACAAUUCAUUUGUUUCAGAGAAAGUGUUAGUUUCUAUCCUUCUCCUACAUUAAUUAUCCCAAACGGACAGCCAAUUGAGCCAACAACAGCAACCAGUGCAUUAAGUCAAUAGCCAGUGACAUGUUGAUAUGACAGAGUUCCCUCAGUUGAUUGGCUGACGUUGAAUCCCCAGCCAGUCAUUUGUUUAGUUGUUUAGUCACUAUGAUCAUGCCAAUGUUUGCCUUGCUGUCAGUGCCAGCACAUGUUCCUAAUUUUUCUAUGUCUCCAGGGCAGGCAUUCCAGCAGGCUCUGUCUGUCUGUAGUGUACACACACAUACACACACACGCUCUCUCUCGCGCUCUCGCUCUCUCGCUCUCUUAUCUCAUGUUUUUGUCAUGAGGCUGCAUCACAGACUCCAUUAGCUAGAUAAAUCUGCAGCACUGUGCGCACACACACACCCCUUAGAUCAUUAGUGCUGUUUGGGCUGGGUUGAUCUGACUCUUAAGUUGCGUAAGCCAUGAAGGGUCCCUGUUGUAUCUCUCCCAUGGUGAUGGUGUUUGUGCGGGCAGCAGCUCCAGUACAGGUCCACAGUCCACACAGCCAUACAACAGAGUGAGUCUAAUGCCAUUAAACUCAGUCAAUGGAGGAAAGGGAUUGGGCAUGCAUUGUUAAUUUUUUAUUAUUUGAUGAAUGUUAUGAACCAAGUUUCAAUUGAUUUCUAUAAUUGACUGAGUUGAAAUGGAGUUGGCCUGAACCCUGCCACUACCAUGUACCAUGUGUGUGUCUGUCUAUGUGCCUCUCCCUCUCUAUUUCCUCCCUUUCCCGCUUUCUUAUUUGCUCUCUUUCUCCCUCAUCUUCCUUUCUCUCAUUUCCCCUUCCUUCUCUUUUCUCCUUCUACAUCUCUCUCCUUCCCUCCCCCCUCCCUCUCUCCCUCCCUCUCUCCUCCAGUUGUUUAAGGAGGAGCUAACUCAGGUGAAGGAAGGCAUGAAGCACAUCAAUGACCUGGCUCAUGAGCUGGCCAUUUCUGACGUCCAUUUAUCCAUGGACAACGGCCGAUCCCUGGAGCACCUCAACAGCCGCUGGAAACUACUGCUGGUAACUGGACCUGAACCUCCGCACAACCUCUCCACAACCACCUCCCUCAACCUCCCCAUAACCUUGCCACAAACUCCCCACAACCACCUCCCUCAACCUCCCCAUAACCUUCCCACCACCACCUUCCGUCCAUACAACACAACCGUCCAUACAACCAUCUUCCGUCGCUCGUAACGUGUUAUAUGAUUGACUUCACUUCACAUCUGUGGUCAUUGCACAACCUCAACCUUCCCACAACAUCUCUUCAACCUCCACACAACCACUCCUCCUUUAAUAACCUGAUCUUCCAUGGCUCUCUUCAUCUGUGGUCAUCUCAAAUGGGAACAUGUGGGUCUGAGCAAGUGGGAUGUCAUUAAUGUUUGUAGAAAUUAAUGUACGUAAAUGUUAAGUUGUCUAUUGUCUUUGUCUAUGUAUGCUUUUGUAUUGGAAGAAAAAUACAGUCUUACAAAAAAAGAAAUGCUUACUAGCAAGCUCUCCUCAAUAGUGCAGUACAAAUAUCAAUAUCAAAAUCAUCAAAAAUCAAAUACCAUCUGACCGAGUUUCUGACCGAGUUUCUUCCAGUAUGGCUCAGUAGUAUAGUGAGAGGCUACAACAGUGUGUGGUUUAGGCUUAGCUGGAGCUUUGCCUUGGCCUCUCUUGUGAGUGCAUCAUUUUAGACAGGCUGCAACAAAUGAUGCCUUUUGUCUCCAGAGUGAAACCUAUUGGAUUGUUCUGAGGGGAAAGUGGUGAGGAUGCCAGGAAUCAGCAAAUAAGGCAAGGGCUCUGAUAAGAAAAGAAGGCUUUUCUCUCUCUCUCUCUCUCUCUCUCUCUCUCUCUCUCUCUCUCUCUCUCUCUCUCUCUCCAUCUCUCUCUCUCUCUCUAUCUCGCUCUCUCUCCAUCUCUCUCUCUCUCUCUCUCCCCAUCUCUCUCUCUCUCGCUCUCUAUCUCUCUCUCUCUCUCUCUCUCUCUCUCUCUCUCUCUCUCUCUCUCUCUCUCUCUCUCUCUCUCUCUCUCUCUCUCUUUCUCCUUUCUCUUACUCUCUCUCUCAAUUCAAUAAUUACAUUCAGUGAUUAGUCUGUCUUCCAUUGCCAAAGUAAAAACACAGCAACACAUUGAAUGCUCCCCCUCGCUCUCUCUCCCUCUCUCUCUCCUCCUCCCCUCAUUCUCCUGUUGACUAAUGUGAUGCUAAAUGCUAAAUCCCUGUCAUUUGAAUAACAUUGUAUGCUGCUGCUGCUCUCUCUACUGUGACACAGAUGUUAUGCAUUUUUUUUAAGGCUGAUUCUCUAAUAUUUUUGGUCUUGAAUAAUUUAGUAAUUCUGCUGUGGGUGAGAGAACCUCCGUUAGUCUAGUAGUACGCUGCAGAGUUGGCACUGACAUCUCUGUGCAGCAUUCAAACUGCUCCAAAUUAGUCUGAAGCAAUCUGUGUAGGCUUGAGUGCAUCCUGUAUAUUCAUUUGGGCGAGUCAGUGUGCACAGCCGUGUGUACGUUGAGCAAUGGUAAUGUUUUCCUCUCCAUAACGCUAACUUCUCAUCUCAGCUCGUUGGGCUUGCUUGUCCUUGAAGUGCCUCGGGAUAACUGUGCCUUGUUCUCUUACUCUCUCUCACUCUCUUUCUCAGUGUGAUUGGCAGGGCCGGCUCCAGGCAUAAGAGACAUAAGCGGUUGCUUAGGGCCCCCAGCACUAAGGGGCCCCCGACCCCAAAAAACUAUAUAUACAGUGGCUUGCGAAAGUAUUCACCCCCCUUGGCACUUUUCCUAUUUUGUUGCCUUACAACCUGGAAUUAAAAUAGAUUUUUUGGGGGGUUGUAUAAUUUGAUUUACACAACAUGCCUACCACUUUGAAGAUGCAAAAUAUGUUUUCAUGUGAAACAAACAAGAAAUAAGACAAAAAAACAGAAAACUUGAGCGUGCAUAACUAUUCACCCCCUCAAAGUCAAUACUUUGUAGAGCCACCUUUUGCAGCAAUUACAGCUGCAAGUCUCUUGGGGUAUGUCUCUAUAAGCUUGGCACAUCUAGCCACUGGGAUUUUUGCCCAUUCUUCAAGGCAAAACUGCGCCAGCUCCUUCAAGUUGGAUGGGUUCCGCUGGUGUACAGAAAUCUUUAAGUCAUACCACAGAUUCUCAAUUGGAUUGAGGUCUGGGCUUUGACUAGGCCAUUCCAAGACAUUUAAAUGUUUCCCCUUAAACCACUCGUGUGUUGCUUUAGCAGUAUGCUUAGGGUCAUUGUCCUGCUGGAAGGUGAACCUCCGUCCCAGUCUCAAAUCUCUGGAAGACUGAAACAGGUUUCCCUCAAGAAUUUCCCUGUAUUUAGCGCCAUCCAUCAUUCCUUCAAUUCUGACCAGUUUCCCAGUCCCUGCCGAUUAAAAACAUCCCCACAGCAUGAUGCUGCCACCACCAUGCUUCACUGUGGAGAUGGUGUUCUCGGGGUGAUGAGAGGUGUUGGGUUUGCGCCAGACAUAGCGUUUUCCUUGAUGUCCAAAAAGCUAAAUUUUAGUCUCAUCUGACCAGAGUACCUUCUUCCAUAUGUUUGGGGAGUCUCCCACAUGCCUUUUGGCGAACACUAAACGUGUCUAGAUUAUUUUGUUCUUUAAGCAAUGGCUUUUUUCUGGCCACUCUUCCGUAAAGCCCAGCUCUGUGGAGUGUAUGGCUUAAAGUGGUCCUAUGGACAGAUACUCCAAUCUCCGCUGUGGAGCUUUGCAGCUCCUUCAGGGUUAUCUGUGGUCCUCUGUAGCUCAAUUGGUAGAGCAUGGCGCUUGUAACGCCAGGGUAGUGUGUUCGAUCCCCGGGACCACCCAUAUGUAAAAUGUAUGCGCACAUGACUGUAAGUCGCUUUGGAUAAAAGCGUCUGCUAAAUGGCAUUAUAUUAUUAUUAUUUAUCUUUGGUCUCUUUGUUGCCUCUCUGAUUAAUGCCCUCCUUGCCUGGUCCGUGAGUUUUGGUGGGCGGCCCUCUCUUGGCAGGUUUGUUGUGGUGCCAUAUUCUUUCCAUUUUUUAAUAAUGGAUUUAAUGGUGCUCCGUGGGAUGUUCAAAGUUUCUGAUAUUUUUUUUAUAACCCAACCCUAAUCUGUACUUCUCCACAACUUUGUCCCUGACCUGUUUGGAGAGCUCCUUGAUCUUCAUGGUGCCGCUUGCUUGGUGUUGCCCCUUGCUUAGUGGUGUUGCAGACUCUGGGGCCUUUCAGAACCGGUGUGUAUAUAUACUGAGAUCAUGUGACACUUAGAUUGCACACAGGUGGACUUUAUUUAACUAAUUAUGUAAGGUAAUUGGUUGCACCAGAUCUUAUUUAGGGGCGUCAUAGCAAAGGGGGUGAAUGCAUAUGCACGCACCACUUUUCCGUUAUUUAUUAUUUUGAAUUUUUUGAAACAAGUUAUUUUUUUCAUUUCAAUUCACCAAUUUGGACUAUUUUGUGUAUGUCCAUUACAUGAAAUCCAAAUAAAAAUCCAUUUAAAUUACAGGUUGUAAUGCAACAAAAUAGGAAAAACGCCAAGGGGGAUGAAUACUUUUGCAAGGCACUGUAUGCAGCACCAGUCAAAAGUUGGGACACACCUACUAAUUCAAGGGUUUUUCUUUAUUUUUACUAUUUUCUACAUUGUAGAAUAAUAGUGAAGACAUCAAAACUAUGAAAUAACACAUAUGGAAUCAUAUAGUAACCAAAAAUGUGUUAAACAAAUCAAAAUAUAUUUUAGAUUCUUCAAAGUAGCCACCCUUUGCCUUGGUGACAGCUUUGCACACUCUUGGCAUUCUCUGAACCAGAUUCACCUGGAAUGCUUUUCAAACAGUCUUGAAGGAGUUCCCACAUAUGCUGAGCACUUGUUGGCUGCUUUUCCUUCACUCAUCCCAAACCAUCUCAAUUGGGUUGGGGUCAGGAGAUUGUGGAGUCCAGGUCAUCUGAUGCAGCACUCCAUCACUCUCCUUCUUGGUCAAAUAGCUUACACAGCCUGGAGAUGUGUUGGGUCAUUGCCCUGUUGAAAAACAAAUGAUAGUCCCAACUAAGCGCAAACCAGAUGGGAUGGCGUAUCGCUGCAGAAUGCUGUGGUAGCCAUGCUGGUUAAGUGUGCCUUGAAUUCUAAAUAAAUCACCAACAGUGUCACCAGCAAAGCACCAUCACACCACCACCUCCUCCUCCAUGCUUCACGGUGGGAACCAUACAUGUGGAGAUCAUCCGUUCACCUACUCUGCGUCUCACAAAGACAUGGCGGUUGGAACCAAAAAUCUCACAUUUGGACUCAUCAGACCAAAGGACAGAUUUCCACCGGUCUAAUGUCCAUUGCUCGUGUUUCUUGGCCCAAGCAAGUCUCUUCUUCUUAUUGGUGUCCUUUAGUAGUGGUUUCUUUGCAGCAAUUCGACCAUGAAGGCCUGAUUCACUCAGUCUUCUAUGAACAGUUGAUGUUGAGAUGUGAAGCAUUUAUUUGGGCUGCAAUCUGAGGUGCAGUUAACUCUAAUGAAUGUAUCCUCUGCAGCAGAGGUAAUUCUGGGUCUUCCUUUCCUGUGGCGGUCCUCAUGAAAGCCAGUUUCAUCAUAGCGCUCGAUGGUUUUUGCGACUGCACUUGAAGAAACUUUCAAAGUUCUUGAUUUCAGGAGUACGCUACCUGCCCGAAUGCAUAGUGCCAACUGUAAAGUUUGGUGGAGGAGGAAUAGUGGUCUGGGGUUGUUUUUUAUGGUUCGGGCUAGGCCCCUUAGUUCCAGUGAAGGGAAAUAUUUACGCUACAGCAUACAAUGACAUUCUAGACUAUUCUGUGCUUCCAACUUUGUAGCAACAAUUUGGGGAAGGCCCUUUGCUGUUUCGGCAUGACAAUGCCCCCAUGCACAAAGCGAGGUCCAUACAGAAAUGUUUUGUCGAGAUCAGUGUGGAAGAACUUGACUGGCCUGCACAGAGCCCUGACCUCAACCCCAUCAAUCACCUUUGGGAUGAGUUGCAACGGCGACUGCAAUUCAUCCCCGCAGCAAUGUUCCAACAUAUGUGGUCCUCUGUAGCUCAGCUGGUAGAGCACGGCGCUUGUAACGCCAAGGUAGUGGGUUCGAACCCCGGGACCACCCAUACACAAAAAAAAAAAAUAUGUAUGCACGCAUGACUGUAAGUCGCUUUGGAUAAAAGCGUCUGCUAAAUUGCAUAUUAUUUAUAUAUUAUCUAGUGGAAAGCAUACCGAGAAGAGUGGAGGCUGUUAUAGCAGCAAAGGGGGGACCAACUCCAUAUUAAUGCCCAUGAUUUUGGAAUGAGAUGUUCGACAAGCAGGUGUCCACAUACUUUUGGUCAUGUAGUGUAUAAAUACACUGAGUGUACAAAACCUUAGGAACACCUGCUCUUUCCAUGACAUAGACUGACCAGGUGAAUCCAGGUGAAAGCUAUGAUCCCUUAUUGAAGAGACUGGUUAAAGAAGGAUUUUUAAGCCUUGAGACAAUUUAGACAUGGAUUGUGUAUGUGUGCCAUUCAGAGGGUGAAUGGGCAAGACAAAAGAUUAAAAUGCCUUUGAAUGGGGUAUGGUAGUAGGUGCCAGGCUCACCGGUUUGAGUGUGUCAAGAAAUACAAUGCUGCUGGGUUUUUCACGCUCAACAGUUUCCCAUGUGUAUCAAAAUGUCCACCACCCAAAGGACAUCCAGCCAUCUUGACACAACAUGGGCCAGCAUCCCUGUGGAACGCUUUCGACACGUUGUAGAGUCCACCCCCCGACGAAUUGAGGCUGUUCUGAUGGCAAAAGGGGAUGCAAUUCAUUAUUAGGAAGGUGAUCCUAAUGUUUUGUACAUUCCGUGUGUAUAAAACAUUUUUUAGGAACUCAGUCGGGGUCUCAACUUACUGUUGAGAGUUAGAAUAGUAGAAUAAACAAGGUGCAAUUUUUUAAUUUGACGGUGCAUCAGCAGUUUUUCUCUUGUUAUGUCAGUCACAGAUAGUCACUCAGUUAGCAUGUCAGCUAACAAUUUUUAGAUUGGUAAGUUAGUCUAGCCAGCUAUCAAAAUUUGUCACGCAGGGCAGGUGUCCAGGGGGCCCCCAUUGAUUUUGUUAGUCACUCUCACUCAGAUACAGAUUAACAUGACACGUCUUGGCAAAAUGUGUAGAAUUGUAGCUUUAAAAUGUUCAUUUUUCUCUCCGCCGUCAAGAGGGGGAUCACUAAAAUGUUUUGCCCGCGAGGUAGGGGAGCCCCCCCAACCAAAUCUCGCUUAGGGCCCCCAAAAGGCCUGGGCUGGCCCUAGUGAGUGGAUUUAGCACCCUUUGUUUGUGGCGCUGUUUCGACAUCCUCUGACAAUGAUUUACACGGUGAAUCGAACACCUUGUAAAUAAACCAGGAUUAGUCCUCAACAAAUCCGUUUUGGGACAGCCACAUCGAGAAAAACACACCGUACAGAGACAAUAAAUGGCACAACUUAUUUUCAUGAACUCAAAUCCCUCUCGCUUGUUGACACACACUUCCACCCCCAAACCUCUAUUCCGAUACACAUAGCUUACUGUGAAAUGACUGUCCUCAUUUGAAAAGAGCCGAACAGAGCAGAGUAGAUUCAGUGUCUUCUUUCCCUACUCAACGCUCUUCAAAGGGCUAUGGCAAGGUGGCAGGGGAGGUGCGUCAAUGUAAAAAAAAAAAAUCCAUAGCACUAUCUAAUUGCCAAAUGAAGGAUGAGGAGAAGAGGAGGGAGGGAGGUGUUUGUGUGUGUUCGUAGCAGGAAUGAGAUGAGAUAAAGACAGUUCCGUGAUUCUUUUGAUCAAAUCAAAUUUCGCCCGUGCUGUGUUUGUGUGUGUGUAUAAUGUAAUGUAAAUGUAAAUGUGUGUGCGUUUGUGUGUAUAAUUCAAUGUCAUGUAAAUGUGUGUAUGUGUGUGUGUAAUGUAAUGUAAAUGUAUGUGUGUCUCCUCGCAGGGCUCCAUUGAAGAGCGUCUGAAGCAGCUGCAGGAUGCCCACAGAGACUUUGGCCCUGGAUCCCAGCACUUCCUCUCCAGUAAGGGCUCCUCCACAUUCAUUAGAAGUUGGCGCCGAGUGCCGUGACGCUCUGUGCAAUGCUGUGCCACGUUGUGCUAUGCCUGUAUAGGGGCUGGGGGGAGGAGGGGGUGGGAUGUUGAAAAGGUGGAUGGGUGGCGGGGUGUUUUAUAUGGGGGAAGGGGAUUAGAACAUGGUUGGUCACAGUGUGAGGCUGUGUGUGUGACUGUGGUGUCUGGGUCGAGGGAAGAGGGAAGAGGGGGCAGGCUUUGUACCUUGAUCCCCCACUGAGUCACAGCAGCAGUAGUGUGUGUCUGUGCUCAUUCAUGUGUGUGUGUUUGCUGCUCUGUGAUGAUGGUGGUAGUAAAAGGGAACCCCUACUGUCCUCAGUCCCCCCAUCCAGCUCUGCUGUGUCAGCACUGUCAUGCUUCUGGGGCUGAUCUCUUUCUCCCCGCCAGGAAUAUGUGUGUGUGUGUGUGUGUGUGUGUGUGUGUGUGUGUCUGUGGUGUUUAGCUGUCUCACUGUGUUCAUUGUGACAGAGUCCUUGUGUGCGUGUCUCCCUUCACCUCCCAGCCUUUCCAGUCUAGCCUAUUCCAGUCCCAGGUAGCUUAGCCCCUGUAGCUUACUGCUAAAAUGCUACGUUGAACGGGUCUUGUCAAUAUGCCUCCUCCAUCACCCAUAUUCCAUUAGCCUUUGCAAACAACCUAAUCCUCUUUUAGACUGGACACAAAAGGCUGCUUUUCCCUUCAUUCAGCUUUAGCACACCUAUUAUGUGAUGCAGCUCCCCCUCUGUGGUGCCUGAAUGUUCACAGAUGGUCUGGAUUGACGUGGUUCAUGUCCUAAAUGGCACCCUAUUCCUUAUUUAGUGCACUAUACCCAUAGGGCCCUGGUCAAAAGUAGUCCACUAAAUGCACUAAAUAGGGAAUAUGGUGCCAUUCGGGAUGUGACCAUGGUCAGUGGUUAUGUGCAAAUGGCUUUUCAUGCUUGAUGUGCCUUAGCAAUUGAUUUUCCCCUCACUUACAGGUUCAGUGCAAAUACCCUGGGAACGCGCCAUCUCUCCAAACAAAGUACCCUACUACAUCAAGUAAGUCCAACUGGGUGUGUGUGAGGGGGGAGACGGUGUGUGUGUGUGUGUGUAGUACAUAAAGUCCAACUGGGGGACAUGAGUGCAGACAGUCUAAAAGUGUGUGAGGGAAAAAAGGUUGUUGAAAAAAGACAUUCACUUUGCUUGAGAUGGCAGUAUUGAGUUACCUGGAGAGAACACAUUCAUACUAAGGUAUCCCUAGGAGAACAGUAUCGAGCUAAGCCCCUUCCCUAACCACUUAUUUACUUCAUCAAUACUCCAUCCUCCCUGGUUGGGCUGUGUUUAGCUUUCAGCUCUGAGGUGUGUGGGGUGUUGUCGGUGUGUGUGUGUGUGUACAGUGUGUGUGUGUGUGUGUCCUGUGCGUGUAAGUGUGUUUAAUCAGCGUAUCUCUUUUACAAAUGGGUGAAUGGGCCCUGUUUGGCCCCUCUGCUGCCCCCGUUUGCCCCCCCGUAGCUCCCCCUGCUGCCUGAUAAUUAGUUAUGGGCUGUGUAACUGUGCCACUGGAGGGGAAUAUCUGACGGGCCCUCUGUCGGGCACCUAAUCGAUCCAACAGUCUCACACAGGUAAUAACGAGCGUUGGAGUGAAGUGGCCCCGGGGUCCUGGCAAACUUUCUGCUCGGGGCUUGCUCAUUUAUUUAACUGUGCUCGUCAUUUAUUUAUUGCCUAUCUUUUUCCCCCUGAUAUAUUUUCCUUUUCCUGCGCUGCCCCUUUUAGCAGUUGCUGGCAGGGAUUGGGGUUCGAGUGCUAGGAUAGGUUGUCUGUUUAAUGAAGUCUAGAGACAGUAGCAGCUCUCUGUGUGAAGCCACUUACACGGUUGCCGUAGCUCCGUCAGAGCAGUAGGGUGAAGCAGUAGUAGCAGCUGGUACACAGUGAAGGGUGAGGAGUGAUCGUAGUGGAACAUUGGUCCUACUGCCUUGUUGUUGCUACGUGUCUGAGCUUUACAGGUUCAUAAACUCAUAGUUGGAAACAACUCUGUCUACUUUCUCCCUUGUUACACGGUCCUUCUCUGCUCUCUCCUCUAUUUCUCUACCUGUCUCUCUAUUCCUCCUCCUCUCUACACUCUCCUCUGCUCUGUCCCCCUCCCUCUCUCUAAAUGUUUUCUUCUUUCUCUUUGCUCUGUUUCUUUUUUCUCUUCUUUAACUACUUGACUCUUUCCUCCUGUAAAUUUGUCCUCCUUUGCUCUCCCCUCUCCCCCUCUCCCUUCCUCCUCUCCCUUCCUCCUCUCCCUCAGCCAUCAAGGCCAGACGACGUGCUGGGAUCAUCCAAAAAUGACAGAGCUGUACCAGGCACUGGGUAAGACAGAGACAAUUAAAGAGUUCCCCCUCUGAGCUUUUUCCACUUAGGCCCUUACCGGCCACCUCCGCAGGGCCUUCGCCACCGUCACCCCGAACCUCAUUGAGGCCCCAUAUUUCAGACACCCCCGAGAUGGACGACACUGGUCUACUUAACCUGCGGGACCGAUUGGCCGGCUCUGUGAUUAGCUAUUUCCUGCAUUUAAAUUAAUUGUGAUUUAAAUGGCAUCGGGUUCCUUUUAUUAAUGGGAUCUGACAAGGGGAUUGUCAACACACACACGUAGAGAUACUAUCAGGGAUGGAGGGAGCGCCAUUAUGUAGCAACAUGGCCCCUGCUAAUGACUCACUGAUGGGCUGAUAAAUGCAGGGAGAAUGAGGGCAGACGAGGGUGGUCUGUCUCAUCUGGAGGGAGAGAGGGAAAGAGAGUAGGAGAGGGAGAGAGAGGGAGAGAGAGGGAGAGAGAGGGGGAGAGAGGGGGAGAGUGAAAGGGAGAGUAAAAGGUAGUAGAGAGGGGGUUUGUAUUCUCUUUUGUCCUUGCCCUCUGAUCAUCUCUUUUUCAUUUUUUUCUCUCUCUCCCUCCCUCCCUCAUUAGCUGAUCUGAACAACAUUAAGUUCUCAGCGUACCGGACGGCCAUGAAGCUGCGGCGGGUGCAGAAGGCUCUGAGAUGUACGUAUUGUGUUUUAAAACCUCAUUCAACUCUUAUAUUCCGUAACUUGGGUGGGAAGCUGGAGCUCCAGAGCAGUGUGUGCAGGCUUUUGUUCCAGCCCAGCUAUAACACACCUAAUUCAACCAGAAAAGUUAUUUCAUUUUAGACCAUGAUUAGUGAAAUCAGGAGUUGACCAUUCCCUUCCUUAAGUCCUGGGGUAUAUCUGCCACCAAGGUCACCACUACCAAUCAAAGUCAUUGAUUAGCCUAGCGCUAACUUGCUAGCUACAACUCCUCAUCCAACCAGAUCCCCUUCUCUCCUUCAUUAGGUCUAAAUCAUUGCCAUGCAUGCUAAUUAAACUCAUUAAUUGGCCCAGUUAAGGUAAUUAGCCAAGGCCAUGUGGAUGAGUGAGGCAUAAAUGUGUGUGUGUACCCUCCAGGACCAAGCGUAGUGGCUUUAUCUUCCACUUUCCAGACCUCCCCCCUCUCCUCCUCUCCUCCUCUCCUCCAUCCCUCCCUCCCUCCUUCCCUGGCUCCACCUGACCCUGAGUCAGCCCUGAGGCCACGCUUCGCCAUGGUCAUCCGUUCACCCUCCUAUUGCUCUCUCUUCCUCUCUCCCUCUCUCUCUCUCCUUCUCUCUAUUUUCUCUCUCUAGCCUGCCUCAUCGUGUGCUGGUCUGCUAGUCCGUGUCGUUAGGAUAAUGAAUUGCCAGGCUACCAUAGUAACUACUGAGUUUCUCCGUCUCUCUCUCUGUCUCUGUCUCUCUCUCCCUCCCUCACUCUCUCUCGGUAUGGAUGAUUGAGGAAGGCUCUAUAAAAGCACAUCGAAAAUGUAUUCUAGUGUCUCCUCUCCUUUCCCAACCCUAACCCACUCCAGCCAUGUCCUCUCCUCUCCCAACCCUAACCCACUCCAGCCAUGUCCUCUCCUUUCCCAACCCUAACCCACUCCAGCCAUGUCCUCUCUUUCCCAACCCUAACCCACUCCAGCCAUGUCCUCUCCUUUCCCAACCCUAACCCACUCCAGCCAUGUCCUCUCCUCUCCCAACCCUAACCCACUCCAGCCAUGUCCUCUCCUUUCCCAACCCUAACCCACUCCAGCCAUGUCCUCUCCUUUCCCAACCCUAACCCACUCCAGCCAUGUCCUCUCCUUUCCCAACCCUAACCCACUCCAGCCAUGUCCUCUCCUUUCCCAACCCUAACCCACUCCAGCCAUGUCCUCUCCUUUCUCAACCCUAACCCACUCCAGCCAUGUCCUCUCCUCUGCCACCCCAUUAUCUCCAGUCCUCUGCCCAGCCUGGGAUGGCCAUUCAAAUUAGUUUAGAGGAGCAAAAUCACAUUUGGUUUGACGCUCUCACAAUCUGUCAGCGUUUAAGUGGGAGAAAAGGUGAAUAAGUGUUCUCUCCUUCAUGCUCCUGUCCCUGGUGGUCCGUCUGUGUGUGUGUGUGUGUGUGUGUGUGUGUGUGUGUGUGCACCCAUCCAGUGGACCUGCUGACGCUGGUGAGUGUGGUGGACGUGUUCAGGGAGCAGGAUCUGCAGCAUGGGGAACAUGUGAUGGACGUGGUGGAGAUGAUCCAUGCCCUGACCGGCCUGUACGAGAGACUGGAGGAGGAGAGGAGGGCCAUCGUGGUCAACAUCCCUCUCUGUGUGGACAUGUGUCUCAACUGGCUGCUCAAUGUCUACGACAGGUACUACUUACCACUGACCUUUAACCUUGACCCUUGACCCUGAACCUUACAUGACAUCAACCAGGCCAGGUCAUGUGUUGUAACUGGCUGCUCAGUGCAUCAAUGUCUGACAGGUACUUGAUACCACAUUACUUCACUUGGUCUUAUAUUACCUUUAAGGGGUUGGAAAUAUAAAAUAAACACUAAUUAGCCAGUAAGAUUAAGAUUACGUCUGCAUACAACACGUCUACUUUCACAAAGGUUAUUUAGACAGUUUCAGUCAAGAACCUUUUUCAUGACCUUGAGUUAAGCAUUAAUUUGUGUUCAGAUAUACAGUUUAAUCUUCAUCUAAUUAGUGACUGUUCAUUCCACUUGUGUUGUUAGCUACUUGUACGUGCCACUUUGAGCUAUUAUGUUCUAAUUAACCAAAUAACUCUGUGUUUGUCAUCGGUUUCAUAUGCAGCACUGUUCUAUGUGUGUCACUCGAAACCCCUGCAGUUAACAUUACUGCCAAUAUAAUCUCUCACAUAUCCUUGGCCAAAUUCACCGUCUUCCCACGAUCAAGGUCCAUCACUCUCUGCUAGUCCAAUGCUAUGAUUGGCCGAGAGCCCUCUCAGAGUGGCGUCUCAUUGGUGAAGUAGGCUCUGUGCCUGGGAGGCUGUGUCGUGAGUAGGAUCACAGAGAGGCUGUAGCUCAAUCAAGCGGGCAGGUGUCCAAUCAGGGCCACUGAGACCCAGCAGAAAGCCUUCACUGUUUGAUUCUGAUUGCCCCGACCCCGUCUCUCUCUGCCAACUGCCAAGCCCUCCGCAGACAAUCUGAGAGGCACAAUUCCCGGUGAACAUUAAAAAAAGAGGGGGGAAUAAACAGCCAAUUUUUUUUCUAAACACUAUACAUUUGUUUUACGGCCCUUAACUACCUGCUGCUAAUGAGUGGAAAUCAGCAUUUUACCCUUUACAUGCAUUCCCUGUAAUUGCUUUUUUGUUUUCCGUUAAACGCCGGCUGUGAAUGCGAAUGAGCUGAGCAUGCAGUGGGAUCUGUAUGUGUGUGUGUGUGUGUGUGUGAAGUGUGAGCUGUGGGCUGUAAUCAUCAUGAGGUCUCCCCACAGACUGUUAGGGAGUGUUGUGUUCUCAGUAUUACUAAAGAGAAAAGCAGAUUUUUUCCCUCUCUUUUCUCUGGUUAUUUUUGGAGAGUGGGUUGGUUGGAGUGAUUUUGAGUCAGGAUAAAUGUGUGGGUAGGUCUCCCCCUGCAUCUCCCUUGGUCUGCCCCUGCCUCUCCCUAGGUCUCCCCUUGCCUCUCCCUAGGUCUCCCCUUGCCUCUCCCUAGGUCUCCCCCUGCCUCUCCCUAGGUCUCCCCUUGCCUCUCCCUAGGUCUGCCCCUGCUUCUCCCUAGGUCUCCCCCUGCUUCAUUUACAUUUUAGUCAUUUAGCAGACGCUCUUAUCCAGAGCGACUUACAGUUAGUGCAUACCAUUUUUCAUACUGGCCCCCCGUGGGAAUCGAACCCACAACCCUGGCGUUGCAAACGCCAUGCUCUACCAACUGAGCUACAUCCCUGCCGGCCAUUCCCUCCCCUACCCUGAACGACGCUGGGCCAAUUGUGCGCCACCCCAAGGGUCUCCCGGUCGCGGCCGGCUACGACAGAGCCUGGAUUCGAACCAGGAUCUCUAGUGGCACAGCUAGCACUGCGAUGCAGUGCCUUAGACCACUGCGCCACUCGGUCUCCCCCUGCCUCCCCCUACGUCUCCCUCUGCCUCCUCCUAGGUCUCCCCCUGCCUCCCCCUUGGUCUCCUGGGUACACUGUAACAGUGACUAUAAUGACAGGGAAUGGCAGUAAUGUUCUCUGUGACUCUAAUGUUCUCCUACUGACUCUGAUCUGCUGCUAAGCUCCACAUCCACUCUAAUAGCAGUACUGCCCUCCCACUAACUAUGCCUCUGUUCAGCCUCUGACUCUGUUCUCACACUGACUAAUGUUCUCACACAGACUCUAAUGUUCUCACACAGACUCUAAUGUUCUCACACUGACUAAUGUUCUCACACUGACUAAUGUUCUCACACUGACUAAUGUUCUCACACAGACUCUAAUGUUCUCACACAGACUCUAAUGUUCUCACACUGACUAAUGUUCUCACACUGACUAAUGUUCUCACACAGACUCUAAUGUUCUCACACUGACUAAUGUUCUCACACAGACUAAUGUUCUCACACUGACUAAUGUUCUCACACUGACUAAUGUUCUCACACUGACUAAUGUUCUCACACAGACUCUAAUGUUCCCCCAGUGACUUUAACAUCUCUUAUAUUCUCACAUAGACUCGCACUGCCUCUAAUGUACUCCCACUGCCUCUAAUGUACUCCCACUACCUCUAAUGUACUCCCACUGCCUCUAAUGGACUAUGCAGUCUCCUGACUCCUAUUUUGUCACACAUUAAAGGUAGUGCUUCUAUGUAACUAUCCAACUGUCAUUGACUCCCACUGCCUCUAAUGUUCUUUAAAUGACUGUAAUCCCCUCCUGACUCUGCUGUCAAGGCAGCAAAAGCAGCAAAGCUCCCAACUAAAGCCAGUAACAGCAGCCCUGUCCUUCCCCUCUCUCUGACUCUAGUGCCAGUGUCCCUGUGCCUCCCAGACACACAUAUAUAAUGUGACCCAUUUAAGUCAGGACACAGCUCUCCCAGUCCCAACCCAACUCUGUGGCCUUGCCAUUGGCCAGAGAACACUGUUUAUGGAUAUGUUCCUGCCUCUAAUCCCCUUGUUUUCGCAGUGUAAAGGCUUAGUUUAUGUGUCUGUUUGCUUAUGUAAAUGUGUUUGUUCUGGCAUAUUCUACUUUUCAUGUGCCCCUGAGUGUGUGCUUAUAUAGCUCUCUCUUUAUUUCUUUUUCUUUUUCUUUUUUCUUUCUUUCUUUCUUUCUUUCUUUCUUUCUUUCUUUCUUUCUUUCUUUCUUUCUUUCUUUCUUUCUUUCUUUCUUUCUUUCUUUCUUUCUUUCUUUCUUUCUUUCUUUCUUUCUUUCUUUCUUUCUUUCUUUCUUUCUUUCUUUCUCCUGCCCUGCUUUAUCCCUAGUGGUCGCAAUGGGAAGAUGCGUGUCCUCUCCUUCAAGACGGGACUGGUGAGCCUGUGCAAUGCGGAUGUUCAGGAGAAGUAUAAAUGUAAGUAUGAGACCCUCUCAUAUAGACACCACAGCCCUGCAGCCCCCUAACAAAGGGCCAAAACAAAACCAUCCUGAUUGCAAGCAUUACAUAAAGACAACCACUUAGCCUAAUGGAGAGAAUUACUCUGCUGCACAAUCAUGGAGAAAGGCUCUCUCUCUCUUUAUUUCUACAAAGUACAUCGGGCUUUUAGGCAGAGAUGAAUACACUAUGGUAGAGAGAACACACACACACCACUCAGCUCUCUCUCUCUGGGCUCUGGCCCCUCUGGCUUCCCUUUUCGAUGUUCAAUUAUGCGCUAAUAUUUCACUGGUGCCCAGCUCAGGGAAAGUAAAACCAUUUUACAGCAUCUUAACCUGAUUUUACGACACAGCCUUGUAAAUAUGUAGAGAAGGGGGAGAGGAGAGAGAAUGAGCUCAUCGGUAUGAGAUUUUAGACAGCCCCAGCGGGUCAGGGCAGGCCCACUGUCAGUUGGCACACCAUCUGUGACAGCUUGUAAAAAUUGAAUGGCAACAGAUUUUGAGUCUUUUUUUAUGGCAGACGAAGCACAGAAGGCCUGAUCCUGGAGGAUUGUGUGGUGGUAGUUGUGGUGGGGGUUGGGGGCAGUGAUGCCAGCCAUGCCAAUUUGUCCCAGUGAUUGAUCACACAUUUUUUCUCCUCAGCUCAGGGGAGAGAUGACCCCUGAUUAUGCUAGUAAACAAGGGGGCGCAUCUGGUGGCAGUGAGUGAGUGAACGUGGUGGUGUGGCAGACAGUGUGUGUGUGUGUGUGUGUGAUUUUGUGCUUGCUUGCGUGUGUGUGUGCUUGUCUUCUGCUCCCCCCAGAGUCUGAGCCAUGUGCAGGGGACAGGCAGGCAGGCUGGCUGUCAGGGUUCUGGCUGGGGCUGGUGCUAUUUAUACUGGCAUUGUGCAGCACCUUCAAACACCUGUCAGUAUCCAUCUCCACAGUGACAGGCGGAAUCAUGACUCACAGAUGAAGGCCACUUUCAGAGCCUGACGAGGUAGCAAGCGCUAAUGCAGCCCUUUUGUCUGCAAUUAGAUCAGCACGGCUGCCCUUCCUCUCUCUCUCUCUCUCUCUCUCUCUCUCUCUCUCUCUCUCUCUCUCUCUCUCUCUCUCUCUCUCUCCCUCUCUCUCUCUCUCUCUCUCUCUCUCUCUUUUUCCAUUUUUGAAUUUUAAAUUAAAAUCACUUCCUAAAUUGACUGCCUUCAAAAUCGAAUUGACCCCAGCUCUGGUAAACAUAAUCUGGAACACAUCUUCACAUAUAGAAGUGAAUAGAUUCGCAUACACACUUAUAGAAGUGAAUAGAUUUGCAUAGACACAUAUAGAAGUGAACAGAUUCACAUCCACACAUUCACACAGGUAUACAGAUACACUGCAUAAACAAUCUUGUGUACGAACUCACAAACACACACACGUUUUAUUAACCCUCUAUGUUUUAUCAGACCUGUUCAGGCAGGUGUCUGGUCCAGGGGGUCUGACAGACCAGCGUCACCUCAGUAUGCUGCUCUAUGAAGCCAUCCAGAUCCCGCGACAGCUGGGAGAGGUGGCCGCCUUCGGAGGGAGCAAUGUGGAGCCCAGUGUACGCAGCUGCUUCCGCAUGGUGAGACCACACACACAGACUGACACACGCGCGCAAAUACAAACACGCAGGCACGCAUGCACACACACACUCCUUAUAACCUCACCAUACACUGGUUAAGGAUACUAUGGUAACACAGGCUAUGAAUUACCUCAAUUCCAUUUAGUUCAAUUCCAUACAUUUUAAUUAAUUCCUUCAGGGGAAAGAGCACAAUUAGAUACAUUACAUGACCAAAAGUAUGUGGACACGUGCUGAACAUCUCAUUCCAAAAUCAUGGGCAUUAAUAUGGAGUUGGUCCCCCCUUUGCUGCUAUAACAGCCUCCACUCUUCUGGGAAGGCUUUCCACCAGAUGUUGGAACAUUGCUGUGGGGACUUGCUUCCAUUCAGCCACAAGCAUUAGUGAGGUCGGGCACUGAUGUUGGGCGAUUAGGCCUGGCUUGCAGACGGCGUUCCAAUUCAUCCCAAAUGUGUUCGAUGGGGUUGAGGUCAGGGCUCUGUGCAGGCCAGUCAAGUUCUUCCACACCUAUUUCGACAAACCAUUUCUGUAUGGACCUCGCUUUGUGCAUGGGGGCAUUGUCAUGCUGAAACAGGAAAGGGCCUUCCACAAACUGUUGCCUACAAUGAUGAAUAAGAUACUAAUGAUAUAGGCCUAUAUAAGAAAUAUAACAAUUGAGAUGUACAAACUAUGGCAUAAGGGAACGAUGAGCGGAUAAGAGGCAAGCCGUAAUUUCGAUUAAGACAUAAAUGACAAAGUAGUCGAUAUAACUAUUUGUUCAGUACUUUUGAAAUGUACAGUGACAGAAUUCAGAACAUGGGCCGUUCUUACAGUAUUCUCCCAGUACACCAAGUCAGAACCGUAGGAUAAAUAAAGGGGACAUAUAAACAGACAAUGAAAGCUUACGAUAUUCAAUGAUGACAUUUCUCUAAAACAGGCCAUAGGCCUCCCGAGUGGCGCAGUGGUCUAAGGCACUGCAUCGCAGUGCUAGCUGUGCCAUCCUGGUUCAAAUCCAGGCUCUGCUGUAGCCGGCCGCAACCGGGAGACCAAUGGGGCGGCGCACAAUUGGCCCAGGGUAGGGGAGGGAAUGGCAGGCAGGGAGGUAGCUCAGUUGAUAGAGCAUGGCGUUUGCAACGCCAGGGUUGUGGGUUCGAUUCCCACGUGGGGCCAGUAUGAAAAUAAUAAUGUAUGCACUAACUGUAAGUCGCUCUGGAUAAGAGCGUCUGCUAAAUGACGAAAAUGUAAUGUGCCCCACCAAGUCAGAACAGUAGGUUAAGUUCUGAGUGGGAGAGAGACCAAAUUCUUAAGGUAAGACACAUGGGCUACUAACAGCAUACUACACCACAUACACUUAGUAUUACUUUUUUUAGCUACUGAAUACAUAUCUCCCUGGCAGAAAUAUUGCAUCAUUUAUGCAGCAGUAUACAAGACAUACAGUAUUUUUGGACCGUUGUUGUGCUGUGUUCACUUGAACAUCGCGCGGCGGUCCUUCUUGUGGGCAAACUUUGUCAUCAAAGUCUGGCAUUCUCUGGAUUUAUGGUGCUUUCAAUACAACUGGGAACUCUGAAAAAAACAAGGUUGAAUCAUGACAUCAGUGCUCUUCAGGUCGGAGCUCUAGAAAGAGUUCCCAGUUGUCUUGAACGUACUGAAGUCUGCGAUUUCCCAGUUCCGAGUUUCCAGUUGUUUUGAACGCGGCAGAAAUCAUGCUGGAUUUACAGCAUGGACAAUGUAUUCAACCUUUUCUGCCCCAUGGUGUUGCGUGUAAAUGUUUAUCCUUUUAAGCUUGGAAAAGAGACCCUUUCAGACAGAUGUUUUAAAUCCUUAAACCCAGACUUGGACCACACACCGUCUCUACCGAAUAGCAGGCAGAGGAAGCAGUGAUUGCUUUGGGACGCUGCAGUUAUCCUUUGAUUCCUUCCAAACCACUCAUUGUUGAAUUUGCGAUUUCCGACUUGUUGUGUAAUGUUUAUGGCCAAUGGCCAAUGAGCACAGAUAUGUUUUAUCUAUAAUUUAUCUUCAUAUGACAAGGAUUGAAAAGGAUUUGCCAGUAGAUUGUCAACGUGACUCAUGAUUCGUAGGGCGGCAGGUAGUUUAGUGGUUAAGAACGUUGGGCCAGUAACCGAAAGGUCGCUGGUUCUAAUCCCCGACUAGGUGAAAAAUCUGUCGAUGUGCUCUUGAGAAAGGCACUUAACCCUAAUUGCUCCUGUAAGUCGCUCUGGAUAAGAGCGUCUGCUAAAUGACUCAAAUGUAAUGAUGAUGACUGCUUGUAAGAUUUUGAAAGUAUGAUGUUGACAUUAUCAGUCCAAUCAAAGCUACGGUAUGUAUAAUGUGAUUUGACGUCAUUUUAUCUGUGGCCAAUGACCUUGAGCCUUCUUGGAUGGGCACUUCUAAUGUACUGUACAUCUAUGGCAGCACCCAAGGAGGCUUAUACUGCCUCCGUGUAGAUUCGGCGGUGACGUAGUGUCUCCAUGAGUGACAGAACACUGAGCCAAUCACAGCACAACUAGAGAAGAUUACCAACACCUACACUCUGUAUUUUUGCUGACUGCCCUUCCACCACAGAAAGCACUGAGCUAGGCUGAAACACCUGCAUUUUGGAGCUGCCUUACUCAAGAAAGAGACCAUGUUGGUAUGCGGCUUUAUUAACUCAAGAAUAUAUAUUUUUUUAUGUUGUUAAUGUUGCGAACUGAUAUGUGACAUAUUUUUGCUAAACAGUUUCGGCCCCGCCUGCACUGAAUGACGGGUCGCCACUGGCCCUAAGCCCUUUAUGGAGUGGCCACUUGCUGAUGUGUUUGAUAGUGUCAAUCACUUGAAUCCACCACUUUUUGGGGCAAAAUGACAAUUGAGACGAUCAGAGCGCACUUGUAUCCCAACUGCAACUUGUCAAUAUUCCAAAAACCUUUCCUGAGCAUCUUGUGUUCCCCUGCGAUUCCCUAUGAAACACUGCCAGACAGACCCCUACUCUUGUAAUAGAUAAUGAGAAAGUUGUAAAAAACUAAACAGCACCGAAGCACACACGUCGCCACUCACCAGUCACUUGAUAAGCUGAUUGAGGCCUGGCUGCUCAAUGUGCCUGCUAGCUACUACUUGCUAGAUUCAUUGACAAACACAGUUGGAACUUAGCUAGCUAGCAGUGUGUAGCUUGUGCAUUAUUUACGAUAGUUUGACAGCUUGCAGAUGAUGAAGUUGUAGACAUGUUAUUGUUCUCAGAAAUCAGUCCUGAGCGAUGCACUAUCUAGUUUUUAUGCAAAUUCUUUUACUUGAAAAAUACUGCACCAAACACCUUAGCUACAGUAGAUGUAGAAUUGUGCGACUAAGACUUCCUCGGCAAAAAAAAAAAAAACGUGUCUAAAUUAACCUCUUAAGGAUCAGACCCUUUUUUUCAAUUUUCGCCUAAAAUGGCAUACCCAAAUCUAACUGCCUGUAGCUCAAGGCCUGAAGCAAGGUUAUGCAUAUUCUUGAUACCAUUUGAAAGGAAACACUUUGAAGCUUGUGGUAACGUGAAAUUGAUGUAGGAGAAUAUAACACAUUAGAUCUGGUAAAAGAUAAUACAAACAAAAAAAUGUGUUUUCUAUAAAACAUUUUGUUCCAUCUUUGAAAUGCAAGAGAAAGGCCACAAUAUAAUAUUGCAGUUUAGGCACAAUUUAGAAUUUAGCCACUAGAUGGCAUCAGUUUGUGUGCAAAGUUUCAGAUUGAUCCAGUGAAGCAUUGCAAUACUGGACUAUUUUGUAUCAAGUCUGCCCAAAUGUGCCGAAUUGGUAAAUUGAUACAUUUUCAAGUACAUAACUAUAGAGACCAUACAAAAAUGAUAUGGUAAUACAAAAUGUAAGUUUACACACUCCCAGGAAUGUCAUACAUGAUGGAUCAUUAGCUUAUACACUAACUUUCACACAUCUAGAUGGCCGGGCGGGGUGGGUGUGGAGCCAGAGACAGCAGGGGUUCAAACUGUAGAACCCAGUUCCUACAUUUGAAUAUAAAAAUUGAUUUUAUCAAACAAACUAUGCUACAUUUUAUCUCUGGGACCCUUAGGAUGACAAAUCAGAGCAAGAUUACUGAAUGUAAGUACAUUAUUUACCUUCAGAGGUGAAUGUAUCAAACCAGUUGCCGUGAUACGUUUUUUGUUGCUGUGCACUCUCCUCAAACAAUAGCAUGGUAUUUUUUCACUGUAAUAGCUACUGUACAUUGGACAGUGCAGUUAGAUUAACAAGAAUUUAAGCUUUCUGUCCAUAUAAGACAUGGCUGUGUCCUGGAAAGUUUGCUGUUACUUACAAUAGUCAUGCUAAUCACAUUAGCGCACGUUAGCUCAACCAUCCCAUAUACGGGACACUGAUCCCGUAGAGGUUAACCCCCUAGAGUCGAUGUCCGCGCCCCCGCGGAAAUCUAAUUAGCAUAAUAUAAAAAUCCUCAUAUAAUAUGACUCCCCCCCUUCCCCUGGCUCAGACAUGGCUUAGACUCUUAUGGGUUAGUUACAGAUUUCUUAAUUUAUCUUAAUUAAUUCUGACUAUUUUAAGGAAGUGACAAUUAUGAGGAAGUGGCUAUGUUGUUGCUACGGUGACUCAGGAGGGACAAACAACAGUGCCUGCCAGGGUACGAUAUGUGAACAUAUCCACAUCAAACCACACCCCAAGACAACUCGUUUGGCUUCAGUCUUGGCCGCUAGCAUUUCUUAGUGCAGUCGCCCUUUAAGAAUUUUAGAGAAAUGUAUCUGGUUCAAAAUACUUGUGUAGGUGGAACUUGGUUCAAAAGACUUGUGUAGGUGGAACCAUAUGGAAUCUAUGGGGUGUAACACAUUUUUUAGUUUUGCUGUUGCAAGAUGGAGACAUGCAAGAACUGUAAACAACUCUUUCUUCCCAUUCCACUGCUGCUGCUGAGGGCAUUGUCAUUUCCACUCUCAUACAUGGGGGGUUCAGCUUUUUGGAAUCCCGCCUCGUGGCAUUUAGCUCAGGAGAGAAACGAAUUAUAGAUUUGGGAUGAGCGGGGACCAGGUUUUUGGGAGGUGGCCUUUUUAAAACCAUCCUAAAACCCUUAAUUCUUCCCUUUUUUUUACAGCCAAUCCUUAAAUAAAUCUCACUCUAUUCCCAUCCAUACUUCUGAUAUCAACUAGGGGUGAUUUAAACCCCUUCAUAUCACUAUUUGCUCUAUGCCAAUGCUUUUAUGAGCAGCCUGAAUGAUCAGUGUAGUGCCCAAAUAGACAAUUUAUCACAUUGGCAUGGUAAUGAAGUCAAAGUGAGGGGAUGACGCGCUGGCACCUCCUGUGGGCGGAGGGCGGAGAGGUGUAUUGGAGUCAUUGAUGACAGCGGGGCAGAUUGGUUUGGCUCUACAUGGAGGAUGGGAGGAUCAGAGAGAGGGAGGGAGUUUCACUACUGUAGGCAUGCUGUGCUUUGGCGCUCGGUGGUCUGUGUGUAUAGAGAGACCAGCCUGUUGUGCUCUGUGAGGUGAUGCAGUGUGUGAGUUGUGUGUUUUCUGUGUGUUGUUGCUUUGUGUAGUCAGUGUGUUAGCUAAGUUUUGAUGUGGCCAGAAUAAUCUAUAUAUGCUUUGAUUUGAUUAUUAUUUUAAUCAAUGUAUACUUUGCAGUGUUCAGUGUACUCAGUGGGCUCAAUAUGCUGAAAUAUUCAUCCUCCCACAAUCAGAGCUGGCUACUGAAACAUAGAGCAGAGAGGAGAGGAGAGUCGAGGAGAGGUGAGCAGGGCAGAGAAAAGAGCAGUGAGGAGAGGAGCCUCAUUCCCCUGGAGAACUCUCACUCUAGCACUCCUCCUCGGCCAUGACACACAGACACACACACACACACAUUCACACAUUAAUUACGCUGCUUUGGUUGAGUUGGGACGAGACUCCAGGGAAAUCAAUAUUUUAAUGCAUUCUGAUGCACACUUAAUGAGAAUUUUACACGUUACGGAUUUUCUGCGCUUGGCAAGUCUCUCCUUUAUUAGCCUGACUCCCUUUCAUCCUAUUUUUCUGCUCGUCUCUGGAAUGCCGGAAUGGCUUUGGAACGUUAGAACCGCAACAGGUCCUCUGACAAAGUCACCACGCUCACUGGCCGCUAUCAACUUCCUCUUUCUCUGUUUGUGCUUUCUGCAGCAGUUUAUAUACGAGUUCUUCCAGGGUAACUUUAAGUCAAUAUGCCAUUACCUUGUAAUAAGUAGCCUACAGUAAAUACAGGCAAUUUGAUGAAGUGGUAAGUUAAUUGUACUGCAUACCUGUACUAGAUAAUAGCAUUUUACAGACAAACAAACAGGAGAAAAAACAAACAUAAGUUACUCUGGUAUAAUGUUUCCCAUGUUCUUCCUCCCGUAGGCCCCAGGGAAGCUAGCCAUCGAGGUAUCGCACUUCCUGGAGUGGAUGAGUCUGGAGCCCCAGUCUGUAGUGUGGCUGGCUGUUCUGCAGCGUGUGGCUGUGUCCGAGUCAGCCAAGCACCAGGCCAAGUGUUACAUCUGUAAACAGUGCCCCAUCAAGGGAUUCAGGUUGGUCUAUUGUACCUCUAUCAAAUAUGAAAAAAGGUGGAUGUAUGCACACGCACGCACACAAAAACAACAUCUGGGUUGAGAAUAGAGCUAUUACUAGGGCCUCUCUAAUGUACUGACUGUGACAUGAUCAUCCGUUCUGCUGAUCUAUCCUGACAGGUACCGCAGUCUUAAACAAUUCAAUGUGGACAUCUGCCAGACGUGCUUCCUCACAGGACGCACCACCAAGGGAAAGAAGCUCCACUACCCCAUCAUGGAGUACUAUACCCCAGUAAGAAGGAGUGCUACACCCAGGCUGCCUCACGAAUGGCACCCUAUUAAAAUAAAAAAGUAGUGCACUAUGUAGGGAAUAGGGUGCCCAUAGUACUACAUAGUAGUGCACUAUACAGGGAAUAGGGUGCCAUUUCAGACACAGCCCACACUACGCUCUACACUACCAUCUUAAAGGGGCGAUCUGCAGUUCAAACAAUAACAAAGCGACACCCCUCCACUGUUUUGGUAAAAAGCUGAGUCCAUAAUAAGUAUAUAGGUUGUAUGUUGGGAGCUUUUGGGAAAGAGCACAGUUAGAAAGAUAUGGCAUAUAGAAGCAAACCGGAUGGACAUCAUGAAAAUGACCGGAGAGGUUGAGAGUAGAAGUUCAGGAGCAAAAAAAAUUAAAUAAAAAAAAUUGAAUUAUUGUAAAAUUGACUGUGUCCAUAAGGUGUAGAUAGUAAGUAUAGGCUGGAAGUAGAGGCCUGGGCAUUGUUGUUCACUAAUGUACCCCAAGUAGGGAAAGGAUGGCGGGGUUGAAAAGUAAUAAAGGGGAGUAUAUAUAUAAAAAACAUGGGGGAUUGGAAGUGAUGCAGACAAUUACAUUGAUAGAAGUUACAAUCUAUCUGCAAUAUUAAGCUGAUCUACCCCCAUAAAAAAAAAAAAAAAAAAAAAGCUGAGGGAUGGGGUUGGGGAAAUGUAACCACUCUCAAAUCCAUAGACAGAGCUAUUGGUGCAAGGACUGACCAUCCAUGAUAUAAAAAUUAUAGUUUUAACCAUGGUUUGAGGCUAUAGGGGAGAGUGGGGUAUGUUGAGCCAAGGGGUUAGUUGAGCCACCCCUUGUUUCUAGGAAACCACACACACAAAAUGUAUCAUGUGACCAAAUAUUUAGGAAGAGGUUAGCCAGGGCUGACGGUGGCCAACAGCACACCACCGAUGUUCUCACUACCAGAACAUUCACACCAAUCAAUAGAUCUGUCAUGAGCCUCUCACUCCACCGGGUUACCACCUUAAUUUUCUUCCACUCUGCUCACCACUCUCUCUACUCAGCCUAACUAGCUCCACCUGUCCCUGCUCUGCUCUGCUCUAAUUACUCUGCCAGCUGCGCUGCAUUACCCACUACCUCUCCCAGUAUUUAAGGCCCUGUCUUUCAGCUCUCCGGUGUCAGAUCGUCUGCAAAGCUCACACCCGGAACCUGUUUGCUCGCGCUUCUGGCUCACCCUGGUUUUGUGACCCCGGACCUGCCUGAUUUUUGGAUACUCUUCUGCCCCAGGAGAUCCAGACCUGCUUCUGCCAUAACGACUCCUGACUACUCUUCAAUCCCGGUAACUCUGACCAGCCUUCUGCCUUGCUACUACGUAUUUUGGAUUUCCCUUGAACUGUACUGCUGCCUUGUUUCAUUCCGCCCUGUUGUGUCUGUGUCUCCCCCCCCCAGGACUUCUGGACCACCCACCACCGGCUUCUUAGGACGCAUCGCUGCCACUGGGGGGGGCACAGACCCAGCACAUUGGACGGGAUCCCUGUUACCCCUGGAGCCUUCAUUCACUCCCUACUUCCCUUUUCCCUUAAGUUUUAAUAAACUUUCUGGUGUGACGCAAUUGUGGUCCUCUGGUCGUCUGUCUGAACCGUGACAGUACGAUCUGACCAUUAUGGACUCAGCGCACACUUUCCCCGACAUGGAAACCGAUGAGCAUGAGCUGCAGUUCCAGCAGCAGCAACAACAACUCGCCAUGAUCAUUCAACUCCUCACCAACCUUACCCCAGCCAGUCUGCCCACCAGCCCUGCCCCCGAGUUACCUGCCCCGGUCAUUGCAGCCGCUGCUCCGGAACCCAAGAUUGGAAACCCCGAGCGGUUCAACGGCGAUUCAACCCAGGUCCGGCCAUUCCUGACUAGCUGCCGACUUCAGUUCUCCUUGCAGCCAAGGACCUUCGCCACGGAGGGGGCUAAAGUUGGGUAUGCCAUCACUCACCUGACGGGCCGAGCUCGACUCUGGGGAACAGCAGAGUUCGAACGUCAAACCCCCGCAUGUGCAACCUUCGACCUGUUUGCUGAGGAGAUGCUGAAGGUGUUUGACCUGGAUUCACCAACCGCAGAAGCGUCUCGUGAACUGUUCAGUAUUCGACAAGGCAGACGUACAGUCGCAGACCAUUCCAUCGACUUCCGAACCCUGGCUAGACGAAGUUCUUGGAACACACCAUCGUUGGUGGACGCGUUCUUCCAUAUUUGGCUGACUAUAUCAAGGACGAGUUGGUCUCCCAUGAACUGCCUUCCACUCUUGAUGAAGCCAUCGCACUGACUGUCAGGAUCGACAGAAGGAUACAGACCCGUCGUCGUGAGAGGGGGCGCCAAGGUCCACCUACUACCGGCAUUCGGAGAGAUCCGACUGGGCUCCUGUCAUCUACUGCCACUCACCCAGGUCAGCUUGAUCAGUCUGAGCCUAUGGAGAUUGGGCGAGCCUCUCUCACUCCUGCAGAGCGCCAGCGCCGCUUCACCUCAAACCUCUGCCUCUAUUGUGGAGGUGAUGGACAUCGUGUGGUAACCUGCCCUUUAAAGGGCCGAAGCUCACCGGGCAUAGGGGGAGUCCGGUUGAGUUCAAUGACCAUCCAGUCCUCCGACCGCAAACCCCUGCUGCAAGUUCACCUCCGCCUCUCUGACUCAACUCACACCCUGGCUGCUCUGGUGGAUUCUGGCGCCGAAGCCAACAUAAUGGACAUCAAGCUGGCACGCCAACUGGGACUGGAGAACCUCCGUUUGACACCUCCUAUUCCUGCCCGGGCACUGGACGGACACUUACUCGGAUCGGUCACUCAUGUCACGGCCCCGGUCUCGAUGGGUCUGUCCGGUAACCAUCAAGAAACUAUCCAGUUUCACCUGCUCCCCUCUCCAGGCCAACCCCUCAUCCUGGGUUACCCAUGGCUCCGCCGGCACAACCCUCAGCUCGACUGGGUGACCGGGGUGAUCAGGGAGUGGGGAGAGGACUGCCACCGAACCUGCCUGCUUGCUGCCGCACUACCCCCUCGGCCAGUACCUACUAACUCCGCUCCUGACCUCUCCAAUGUCCCAGAAUGCUACCAUGGUCUCAGAGAGGUGUUUUAACAAAGCAAUAGCCACAUCUCUGCCCCCUCACCGACCGUACGACUGUGCCAUCGACCUCCUCCCUGGAACAGCCCCUCCAAAGGGUCGUCUUUAUUCGUUGUCUGCUCCUGAAAGAAAGUCCAUGGAGGACUACAUCAAUGGCUCUCUGUCCGCAGGAUUAAUCCGUUCAUCGUCAUCUCCUGCUGGUGCUGGCUUCUUCUUUGUGGGGAAGAAGGACGGAUCUCUUCGCCCCUGCAUCGACUACAGGGGACUCAACGACAUCACAGUGAAGAACCGUUACCCUCUGCCUCUGCUCACCUCUGCUUUUGAGUUGCUCCAGGGAGCCACUGUUUUUACCAAGUUGGAUCUCAGAAACGCUUACCACCUAGUGCGGAUCCGGGAGGGAGAUGAAUGGAAAACCGCAUUCAAUACACCAACAGGCCACUACGAGUAUCUGGUUAUGCCUUUUGGCCUCACCAAUGCUCCUGCUGUGUUCCAGGCUCUAGUGAAUGAUGUACUGCGGGACAUGUUAAACAAGUUUGUCUUCGUUUACCUGGAUGACAUCUUAAUCUACUCCAGAAACCUGUCUGAACACACCCGCCAUGUCCAGCAAGUCCUUCAUCGUCUUCUGGAGAAUUCCCUCUACGCCAAGGCAGAGAAAUGUGAGUUUCACGUCAAGACAGUGGCCUUCCUGGGGUACAUAGUGGCAGAGGGAAGUAUCCAAAUGGAUCCUGCCAAAGUAUCAGCAGUCACUUCAUGGCCAGUUCCGGAGAACAGAAAGAAGCUACAACAGUUUCUGGGGUUUGCUAACUUCUAUAGAAAGUUUAUCCGGAACUACAGUACCGUUGCUGCCCCUCUCACUGCUCUAACCAGCACCAAGCAACCCUUCACCUGGACCCCAGCAGCCGACAAAGCCUUCAGUACCCUCAAGGUGAGGUUCACCUCCGCUCCCAUCCUCCAGAUGCCUGAUGUGGACCGGCAAUUCAUUGUGGAGGUGGACGCCUCGGAUGUGGGAGUUGGUGCUGUGAUUUCUCAGUGGGCUGCGGAGGAUAGGAAGCUCCAUCCCUGUGCCUUUUUCUCACGUCGGUUGUCCCCCUCUGAGUGCAAUUACGACAUUGGCUGUGAAGCUUGCCUUGGAGGAGUGGCGUCACUGGCUGGAGGGGUCCACCAUUCCAUUUCUCGUUUGGACCGAUCAUAAGAACUUGGAGUACAUCCGCACGGCCAAACGGUUGAACUCCAGGCAGUCCCGCUGGGCCCUGUUCUUCACCAGGUUUAAUUUCACUCUGUCAUACCGGCCUGGAUCACGCAACACCAAGCCAGACGCCCUCUCCCGUCAAUUCCAGAAGGAUGACACCCCCUCCAAGGACCCUGUGUCGAUUCUGCCAAGUCCCUGCAUCGUUGCAGCUCUGACCUGGGCUGUUGAGGAACAGGUGCUGGAGGCUCUCCGUAACCAGCCAGGUCCCAGCACUUGCCCAGCUGACCGCCUUUUUGUCCCCGAAGACCUGAGGUCCCAGGUCGUUCAGUGGGGACAUGACUCCCACCUAGCUUGUCACCCUGGCUCCACCCGCACUUACAACCUGCUCGCCCAGAGGUUCUGGUGGCCCUCUCUGAGAAAGGAUGUACGGGAAUUCGUCCAAGCCUGCCCCAUCUGCAACCAACACAAGUCGUCCUGCCAGCCCCCAGCCGGAUUGCUGCAGCCCCUGCCUGUGCCCAGACGUCCCUGGUCUCACAUCGCCCUUGACUUUGUCACGGGGCUGCCCCCUUCAAGUGGCAUGACCGUCAUUCUCACCAUAGUUGACCGUUUCAGCAAGAUGGCACACUUCAUUCCCCUCCCCAAGCUCCCAACCGCCAAGGAGACCGCCCAGGUGGUCCUGGAACACGUCUUCCGGAUCCACGGACUGCCAAAGGAUGUAGUUUCUGACCGUGGUCCACAAUUCUCCUCCGCUUUUUGGAAGGAGUUCUGUCACCUGCUGGGAGCCACAGUCAGUCUGACUUCCGGAUUCCAUCCCCAAUCCAAUGGGCAGUCAGAGCGGGCUAAUCAGGAGCUCGAGAAGGCACUGCGAUGCAUGACUUCACGCAACCCCCACUCCUGGUCGCAGCAAUUGACAUGGGUGGAGUACGCACACAAUUCUCUGACCUGCUCUGCCAUCGGUAUGUCCCCUUUCCAAUGUGUUUAUGGAUACCAGCCUCCUCUAUUUGCCAGCCAGGAAGAGGAGGUUACUUGCCCAUCUGCACUUGCUUUUGCCCGUCGAUGUCGCCGCACCUGGUCACAAGCCCGAGCCACACUCCUCAGAUCCGUUUGCCAGCUACACUACCGGGGCCAACCGUCGGAGAAUUCCUGCUCCCACCUACCAUGUUGGUCAAAGGGUGUGGUUGUCAUCGAAGAACCUGCCACUCAGGGUGGAGUCGCAGAAGCUGGCACCUCGGUUCAUUGGCCCAUUCCCUAUCAUAAGAGUGAUUAGCCCAACUGCUGUCCGGCUCCAACUGCCUAAUUCCCUGAGGGUGCACCCCACUUUCCAUGUGUCUAAGAUUAAGCCCAUCCAUGAGAGUCCGCUGGUCCCUGCUGCGCCUUGUCCUCCUCCUCCACGGCUCGUCGAUGGUGGUCUGGUUUACACCGUCCGCCGCCUGCUUCGGUCCAGACGGAGGGGUAGGGGUCUCCAGUACCUCAUUGACUGGGAGGGCUAUGGACCUGAGGAAAGGACCUGGGUGCCAGCUAGUCGGAUUGUGGAUAGGACUCUCAUCACCGCUUUCCACCAACGGCAUCCUGAUCAACCUGCAAUCCGUAGGGGCCGCCCCAGAGGGGUCCCUAACCGUCCUGCCCGCUCGGCUUCCUGUCCUGUGCCUGAUCCUGUCUCGGGACCUGUCCCAUCUCCCGACCACGGCCCUCCGGCUUCCUCCGAGGAUGAGGACGUUCACUCGGACCGGCUCCCCUCCUCCCGCCCGGCGUGGUGUUGCUCUUGGGACUUCUGGGGCCGUCCCUUGGGGGGGGGGGGUUCUGUCAUGAGCCUCUCACUCCACCGGGUUACCACCUUAAUUUUCUUCCACUCUGCUCACCACUCUCUCUACUCAGCCUAACUAGCUCCACCUGUCCCUGCUCUGCUCUGCUCUAAUUACUCUGCCAGCUGCGCUGCAUUACCCACUACCUCUCCCAGUAUUUAAGGCCCUGUCUUUCAGCUCUCCGGUGUCAGAUCGUCUGCAAAGCUCACACCCGGAACCUGUUUGCUCGCGCUUCUGGCUCACCCUGGUUUUGUGACCCCGGACCUGCCUGAUUUUUGGAUACUCUUCUGCCCCAGGAGAUCCAGACCUGCUUCUGCCAUAACGACUCCUGACUACUCUUCAAUCCCGGUAACUCUGACCAGCCUUCUGCCUUGCUACUACGUAUUUUGGAUUUCCCUUGAACUGUACUGCUGCCUUGUUUCAUUCCGCCCUGUUGUGUCUGUGUCUCCCCCCCCCAGGACUUCUGGACCACCCACCACCGGCUUCUUAGGACGCAUCGCUGCCACUGGGGGGGGCACAGACCCAGCACAUUGGACGGGAUCCCUGUUACCCCUGGAGCCUUCAUUCACUCCCUACUUCCCUUUUCCCUUAAGUUUUAAUAAACUUUCUGGUGUGACGCAAUUGUGGUCCUCUGGUCGUCUGUCUGAACCGUGACAAGAUCAGGGUUUGGCUACUUAGCUACAUGUACUGUAUACGGUUUUCCAAGAACUCAUUUCAGAGUGCACCAGUAUAGGCCUGCCUGCUUGCUCCAUAGCUCUGCUGUAAGGGUGUUGGACAGAGGGAGUGUGCUGGGAUGCCAAGAAGCAGGGUCUCAAACAAACUCAUAAUUGUACUGACUGGAAUGGUUUUACAUAAUAGAUUGGUUGAUGUGUGUGUGUGUUAUAGGGACUGAGGAAUUUCAUCCAAAUGGACUCAGUCCCUUCUUUUAUAUCUCUUACUUCCUAAUAGCAGCAAAAACUAAGCAGAAACCUGAAGGUAACCUUUUCUGUGUAUGUGUCAGUUUCAUAUUCAAGCGUUUUAUUCAGUUUAUCAGGUCACAUUCAAAACAAGGAUAUGACUAAUUAAUUUAAUCUAAUAAUUUUCUUCUUUUUAAUAUUCUGACAAAAAAAUGUUCUGGUAAUGAAUGAUUUCAAAAAGCUUAAAGAAGCUUUUAUGGAGUCUUAAGGAAGAAACCACAUGGAAAAAGUGGUAAGCAAGUUAGGAAAAAUGUAAAAAGAAUUUCACAAAGUCAAAUUAAUUUAUUGUGUUAUAGGUUUCAUGAGGCUUGUAUCUAAACCAAAGUAGAUCGUUUUAAGAUUGUUUUAUACAUUAGCUGGGGUCUCUUAAGCUACAAUAUGAGGUCUUAAACCUAGCAUGAAAGUGCAUCCUUGUAGCUGUGUGGGCUAAUAUAGUCAAAAGUUUUGCCUUGGGGUAAGGUGAGCCAAUGGCCACUAUGCAUAAUAUGAAUAGUAUUUGUGUCAUGCAUAUGAACUCAAGAUAGUGAAUUUGUAUUGUUACAGAGCAGAUAUCAUCAUGCCCUGUGUAUACAAAUGUAAAACAAGCAGGGGUCUAGCCCCCCUUGAGGUUCUUGAGAGAGCAGCCAAUGAAGUGAGAGAAGGGAAGAAGUCAGCAGCAAGGGAUGGAAAUAAUAUUUUGAAUGACACUGAAGAGGUACAUUGACAAUAAAGAAAAUGAACAUGUACCUGUGCGAGAGGCUAUUAUAGAGUAGCAGAGGCACACAAGGUCUUAUCUGAUGACAUGGAGUCUGAGCUAUCAAGAAUCUUGUGGACCAGUUUCAUGGGCUUAGUAGCCUCAAAUGCAGAGAACUUGCCUAAGAAUUGGCACAUCGAAACAACAUCCCUGUCCCAGAGAACUGGUCAAGAAAUGGAAGGGUAAGUGAUAUUGAACAGAGAGCUCUAUAUCUGAAUAUAGGCAUACAUUAAAGAUAUACAAUAUACCACACCCCCAUUCCAUGAAUUCAACUUUGACCUACCAGCACCAUCACCCACUGUCACAGGACACAUGUUUACAUGAAUUCUGAUUAUUUCCAGGGAUACACAACAUCCUGAAAUAUAUGUAGAUAUCUUUGAUAGAAAGAAUCCUAUAUUUCUCUUGAUGUAGUAAUGAUGAAUGUAAAAAAGGGCUCAACACACCCCACUCUCCCCUACAGUGUUUGUUAAGUAUUACAUUGUUUACAAACAAUGGAGUAAAACAAGCUUAUAUUUCGUGUUCUGAUGGGGUACGACAGUUAAACUAAGCCCACGAGGCAUUUUUAAGUUAGAUUCCUCAAGAAUCAAUGGGUAUAUUUCAUGAAUUUAAAAAUCCAAAUAUGGAUUUAGCAAUCACAGAUGGCCCCUUUAAGAGAGUGCACAAAGUGGACAUCACACUAGCUCACUACUUCAGCUCCAAUCACUGCAGGGCUGUGGGAUAUGGCAGGGAGCUAUGUGCCAAAUGAUUUCUCCCAGGGCAGUAUUUCAAACAGGGGAAGGUUUAAGUGGAGCUAGGCUGGAGUUUUUUACCUAUGGUGCUGGGUUCUAUGAUGGAGUCGAGGUGGGUAGCAGACUGUGAGACUGUAGUCCAGUGAGGUCAGAGGGAGAUAGAGGGGAAAGACAACUGGACUAGCAGCAGUUUGCUUCAAGACAAGUCUCUCUCUCGCUCUCUCUCUCUUUCUCUUUGUGCAUGUGUGUGUGUGUGUGUGUGUGUGUGCAUGUGUAGUAUAGAGAAUUCUAAAGUUGUGCACUUUGUCUUCUUGUCCUCCCACUACCAUUCCCUUCUCCUCUCCUCUCCCCCCCCCAUCCCCCUGUCCUCUCCUCCAUUCCGGUCCCCUCAUCUAAAUCAUGUGGCAGACCACCUCAGGAGAGAAGAUGCGGGACUUUGCCAAGACGCUGAAGAACAAGUUCCGGUCGAAGCAAUACUUCAGCAAGCACCCUCAGCGGGGCUACCUGCCUGUCCAGUCGGUGCUGGAGGCCGAGAGCUCUGAGACGUGAGUCAUAACCCUGUAGAGACAGACUGGCACAGAGAAGACGGGAAAUGAUUUGACAGAGAGAGGGAGACUGCUUAUAUAUGACAGCCAUUCAGUAAUACAUUUUCCAAUAAUAUUACGAUGUAAGCUUUGUUUGCAAUAUUCUAUGAUGUUGAGGGGAAAAGGGCACUUCUGUUUUGGUGCGGUUGGUUGUACAUGAGGGGGAUUCAAUACGUGUUUAAGAAGUAGACACACACACACACACACCAGAAAGUACCAGUACUAGAGGUAUUGAUGAUGGUUUUCUGUGUUUUACCAGGCCGUGCUCCUCUCCCAAGCUACCCCAUGCAGACACACACAGCAGAAUUGAGCACUUCGCUAGCAGGUAGGGUGUUAUACACACAUACACACACACACACACACCGCAGUCCAAAAUAAAUACUCACGUCCUACCCUACCCCAUUGCUUAACUCCUCUGCUCACUCCAGUACAGAACCAUCUGUCUCCUUCCCUCCUUCCAUUCUCCUCACCGUCCCCAGUUCUCUCUCCACAAUCUGAUGAAAAUAUCGAUCUGGCUGCAUCUUGGUCUGAGCUUUGACUUGAGUGGAGACUGUUGUGCCCAACGGGUAUCCUUUCUCUCUCUCUCUUUUUCUCUUUCUCUCACACACACACACACACACACACACACACACACACACACACACACACACACACACACACACACACACACACACACACACACACACACACACUGAGAAGGGUGCAGUAUGUUUGGUCUGGGGUGAGCAGGGGUCACCUGGCUGUGGAUGCCUGGUGGCAUGGUAUAACAAUGUGACAGGGCACUGGGUCCAUUGGGCACCUGGUGGAUGCCAGGGCAGAUCAGCGUCUGUCUGACAGGGUUACAGAGAGGGCACAGCCAGGGCAUGGCAGAGCAGUCCCUCACCCAGGGCAGUCAUGCCGAUAGCAGAGCGGAGCAGGGCAUAGAUCACUGCACUCUGUGUGUACAGUACAGUACAGUGCCUUGCAAAAGUAUUCAUCCCCCUUGGUGUUUUUCCUAUUCUGUUGCAUUACAACCUGUAAUUUAAAUGGAUUUAUAUUUGGAUUUCAUGUAAUGGACAUACACAAAAUAGUCCAAAUUGGUGAAGUGAAAUGAAAAAAAUAACUUGUUUCAAAAAAUUCUAAAAAAUAAAUAAUGGAAAAGUGGUGUGUGCAUAUGUAUUCACCCCCUUUGCUAUGAGGCCCCUAAAUAAUAUCUGGUGCAACCAAUUACCUUCAGAAGUCACAUAAUUAGUUAAAUAAAGUCCACCUGUGUGCAAUCUAAGUGUCACAUGAUCUGUCACAUGAUCUCAGUAUAUAUACAGCCACCAAUUGUGCAAGUUCUCCCACUUAAAAAGAUGAGAGAGGCCUGUAAUUUUCAUCAUAGGUACACGUCAACUAUGACAGACAAAUUGAGAAAAAAUCACAUUGUAGGAUUUUUAAUUAAUUAAUUUGCAAAUUAUGGUGGAAAAUAAGUAUUUGGUCACCUACAAACAAGCAAUAUUUCUGGCUCUCACAGACCUGUAACUUCUUCUUUAAGAGGCUCCUCUGUCCUCCACUCGUUACCUGUAUUAAUGGCACCUGUUUGAACUUGUUAUCAGUAUAAAAGACACCUGUCCACAACCUCAAACAGUCACACUCCAAACUCCACUAUGGCCAAGACCAAAGAGCUGUCAAAGGACACCAGAAACAAAAUUGUAGACCUGCACCAGGCUGGGAAGACUGAAUCUGCAAUAGGUAAGCAGCUUGGUUUGAAGAAAUCAACUGUGGGAGCAAUUAUUAGGAAAUGGAAGACAUACAAGACCACUGAUAAUCUCCCUCGAUCUGGGGCUCCAUGCAAGAUCUCACCCCAUGGGGUCAAAAUGAUCACAAGAAUGGUGAGCAAAAAUCCCAGAACCACACGGGGGGACCUAGUGAAUGACCUGCAGAGAGCUGGGACCAAAGUAACAAAGCCUACCAUCAGUAACACACUACGCCGCCAGGGACUCAAAUCCUGCAGUGCCAGACGUGUCCCCCUGCUUAAGCCAGUACAUGUCCAGGCCCGUCUGAAGUUAGCUAGAGUGCAUUUGGAUGAUCCAGAAGAGGAUUGGGAGAAUGUCAUAUGGUCAGAUGAAACCAAAAUAUAACUUUUUGGUAAAAACUCAACUCGUCGUGUUUGGAGGACAAAGAAUGAUGAGUUGCAUCCAAAGAACACCAUACCUACUGUGAAGCAUGGGGGUGGAAACAUCAUGCUUUGGGACUGUUUUUCUGCAAAGGGACCAGGACGACUGAUCCGUGUAAAGGAAAGAAUGAAUGGGGCCAUGUAUCGUGAGAUUUUGAGUGAAAACCUCCUUCCAUCAGCAAGGGCAUUGAAGAUGAAACGUGGCUGGGUCUUUCAGCAUGACAAUGAUCCCAAACACACCGCCCGGGCAACGAAGGAGUGGCUUCGUAAGAACCAUUUCAAGGUCCUGGAGUGGCCUAGCCAGUCUCCAGAUCUCAACCCCAUAGAAAAUCUUUGGAGGGAGUUGAAAGUCCGUGUUGCCCAGCGACAGCCCCAAAAUAUCACUGCUCUAGAGGAGAUCUGCAUGGAGGAAUGGGCCAAAAUACCAGCAACAGUGUGUGAAAACCUUGUGAAGACUUACAGAAAACGUUUGACCUGUGUCAUUGCCAACAAAGGGUAUAUAACAAAGUAUUGAGAAACUUUUGUUAUUGACCAAAUACUUAUUUUCCACCAUAAUUUGCAAAUAAAUUCAUAAAAAAUCCUACAAUGUGAUUUUCUGGAUUUUCUUUUCUCAUUUUGUCUGUCAUAGUUGACGUGUACCUAUGAUGAAAAUUACAGGCCUCUCUCAUCUUUUUAAGUGGGAGAACUUGCACAAUUGGUGGCUGACUAAAUACUUUUUUUCCCCACUGUACACCUGUUCUGAAAGGCCCCAGAGUCUGCAACACUACUAAGCAAGGGGCACCACCAAGCAAGCGGCACCAUGAAGACCAAGGAGCUCUCCAAACAGGUCAGGGACAAAGUUGUGGAGAAGUACAGAUCAGGGUUGGGUUAUAAAAAAAUAUCAACAAAUGUGAACAUCCCACGGACCACCAUUAAAUCCAUUAUUUAAAAAUUGAAAGAAUAUGGCACCACAACAAACCUGCCAAGAGAGGGCCGCCCACCAAAACUCACGGACCAGGCAAGGAGGGCAUUAAUCAGAGAGGCAACAAAGAGACCAAAGAAAACCCUGAAGGAGCAGCAAAGCUCCACAGUGGCGAUUGGAGUAUCUGUCCAUAGUACCACUUUAAGCUGUACACUCCACAGAGCUGGGCUUUACGGAAGAGUGGCCAGAAAAAAGCCAUUGCUUAAAGAACAAAAUAAGCAAACACGUUUGGUGUUUGCCAAAAGCCAUGUGGGAGACUCCCCAAACAUAUGGAAGAAGGUACUCUGGUCAGAUGAGACUAAAAUUGAGCUUUUUGGCCAUCAAGGAAAAUGCUAUGUCUGGCGCAAACCCAACACCUCUCAUCACCCCGAGAACACCAUCCCCACAGUGAAGCAUGGUGGUGGCAGCAUCAUGCUGUUGGGAUGUUUUUCAUCGGCAGGGACUGGGAAAUGAUGGAUGGUGCUAAAUACAGGGAAAUUCUUGAGGGAAACCUGUUUCAGUCUUCCAGAGAUUUGAGACUGGGACGGAGGUUCACCUUCCAGCAGGACAAUGACCCUAAGCAUACUGCUAAAGCAACACUUGAGUGGUUUAAGGGGAAACAUUUAAAUGUCUUGGAAUGGCCUAGUCAAAGCCCAGACCUCAAUUCAAUAGAGAAUCUAUGGUAUGACUUAAAGAUUGCUGUACACCAGCGGAACCCAACCAACUUGAAGGAGCUUGGUGGGGUGAAUAGUUUUGCACGCUCAAGUUUUCUGUUUUUCUGUCUUAUUUCUUGUUUGUUUCACACACAAAAAAAUUGUGCAUCUUCAAAGUGGUAGGCAUGUUGUGUAAAUGAAAUGAUACAAACCCACCAAAAAUCUAUUUUAAUUCCAGGUUGUAAGGCAACAAAAUAGGAAAAAUGUCAAGGGGGGUGAAUACUUUCAAAAGCCACUGAAUAUGUUUGUGUGUGUGUGUGUUUAGUCAUUGUAUUCACUCUCUUUCUUAUCUCCCAGUCAAUCAUAUCCAUUAUUUCCAUUGACUGAAAUGAUAUGCUUCUGUUCCACAGUCCUCUCACAUUUACAGUUCAUUCAGAAAGUAUUCAGACCCCUUGAUUUUUUCCACAUUUCGUUACGUUACAGCCUUAUUCUACAAUGUAUUCAGUAAAAAGAAUCCUCAUCAAUCUACACACAAUAGCCCAUAAUGACAAACCGAAAACAGGUUUUUAGAAAUUGUACCAAAUUUAUUUAAAGAAAAUAACGGAAAUAUCACAUUCAGAGACUUGUCCCAAAGCUACUACUGCAUUGUAGCAGAAAUACCUUAUUUACAUACACUACCGGUCAAAAGUUUUAGAACACCUACUCAUUCAAGGGUUUUUCUUUAUUUUUUACCAUUUUCUACAUUGUAGAAUAAUAGUGAAGACAUCAAAACUAUGAAAUAACACAUAUGGAUUCAUGUAGUAACCAAAAAUGUGUUAAACAAAUCAAAAUAUAUUUUAUAUUUGAGAUUCUUCAAAUAGCCACCUUUUGCUUUGAUAAGUAUUCAGACCCUUUGCUAUGGGAUUCGAAAUGGAGCUCAGGUGCAUCCUGUUUCCAUUGAUCAUCCUUGAGAUGUUUCUACAACUUGUUUGGAGUCCACCUGUGGUAAAUUCAAUUGGACAUGAUUUGGAAAGGCACACACCUGUCUAUAUAAGGUCCCACAGUUAACAGUGCAAAAACCAAGCAAUGAGGUCGAAGGAAUUGUCCGUAGAGCUCCGAGACAGGAUUGUGUCGAGGCACAGAUCUGGGUAAGGGUACCAGGAGCUUCGGGACAAGUCUCUGAAUGUCCUUGAGUGGCCCAGCCAGAGCCCGGACUUGAACCCAAUCGAAUAUCUCUGGAGAGAUCUGAAGAUAGCUGUGCAGCGACGUUCCCCAUCCAAUCUGACAGAGCUUGAGAGGAUCUGCAGUGAAGAAUGGGAGAAACUCCCCAAAUACAGGUGUGCCAAGCUUGUAGCGUCAUACCCAAGAAGACUCGAGGCUGUAAUCGCUGCCAAAGGUGCUUCAACAAAGUGCUGAGCAAAGUGUCUGAAUACUUAUGUAAAUGUGAUAUUUCCGGGGGGUUUUUUGUAAUACAUUUGCUAAAAUCUCUAAAAACCUUUUUUUGCUUUGUCAUUAUGGGCUAUUGAUGAGGGGGAAAAAACUAUUUAAUCAAUUUUAGAAUAAGGCUGUAACGUAACAAAAUGUGGAAAAAGUCAAGGGGUCUGAAUACUUUCCGAAUGCACUGUAUUAGUCUUCUGCCAAUUAGACUCAUUAAUGUUCUCUCUCUCUUUCUCUCUCUCUCUCUCUCUUUUGCGUUCGCUCUCUCUCUCGCACUCUCUCUCUCUCUUCCGCUCUCUCUCUCGUAUUCUUUCUAGCCCUCUCUCCCCUCACUCUUCAAAAAUACAUCAAAUGAGGGACUAUAUAUAUAUAUAUAUAUAUAUAUAUAUAUAUAUAUUUAUUCACCCCCCUCCCCUCUAUUAUUGUCCCGUCACAAAGUAAUGAAAAAUCUCAUUAAUAUCAAAACCUGGAUGUCAGAACUGCCAUACAGCUUUAUUAAAGGUCCCUGAGGCUGUCCUCACAGAAUAGUGUUUGUCUCUCCAUUCAGUCAAAUGAGAGGGUGUUCAUGUUAAUCCAGGGUAAAAAUAUGGUGUCCCAGAGGAGGACUGUGGGUAUUUGAUGUUUUGGUUGUCUCUUAAGGGCCAGAUUUGCUGGCGCAUCACACACGUGCACCGAGGUGCCAGUGGAGUGCUCUCCUUUCAUCAUCAGUACAGACUCCAGUUCUGAGAGAGGGAUGGAGAGAGGGAGGGAUUGAGGGAGAGAUGGACGGGGCAAGGGAGGGAGGGACUCACUCACAAAUUCCCUCAUCUUCAGGACUGUCCUGAGGACAAGGGCCAAGUCUACAGCUCUCACACAGAAUACACACAUGUAUACAUAUAGACACACAGCCUCAUUCUCACAGUUUCACUCUCACAACUCACAUACAGAUUCACACACACACACCCUUCCACACACACUCACACAUUUACAACCAUGUGACCCCACCAUGCCCCCCUUUCACCCUCCAGUCCCCUUGGGGGUUAGUGAGCGUCUCCAUCCCCCCUGCCGUAGUCCCUAACUGGGGUGCGGGUCACUCUCCUCUCUACCCUGCCUUCUGGUCCUAUAACAACCCUCGAAUUAAUGACCUGACUGAUUGAAUAAAGGGCUGUCAGCCAUAGAGGCCAGGUCUGGCCACAGUGAGUGUGGAUGCCCUGUACGCUCUCUUUCUUGGUGGGAGGGGCAUAAGGAUGUAAUAUAGAUCCCUCUGACAAGCUCUUCAUCACUCCAUUCUCAUCCCUCCAUUCUCAUCCCUCCAUUCUCAUCCCUCCAUUCUCAUCCCUCCAUUCGUCCAUUAGUAGAUGAGUUUUGGUGGUGGUGGUGGUUUGUUUGUGUGUGUGUGUGUGUGUGUGUUUGGGGAGCUGGAGUAGCAUGAGGCACUUAGCACAUUUCAUUAGUAUCUCUGGCGGAGUCUGUAUGUGUCUGAUGGUUCCAACACAGCCCUCCUGGCAGCGCCCUCAGAAGGCCAUUCCCACUGCUGAGAGAGUGAAGUGUCGCUAAAAGCAAACUUCUCCCUAUUCAAUUGCCUGGUAAAACGGGAGGAGGGGGAUAACAGUUUGUAGCAGUGUCGUAGCUGUCCAUGGUGCUGAAAAAUGUACAGUCCCUAUCAAAGGUGCUGCACUGCCAAUCGUCAACCACAUUGUAACAGGGUUGAAGGAGAAGAGCAGUGUGGUAGCUGUCCAUGGUGCUGAAAUACUGCGCUACUGUACUGAAUAGCUCUUCUUGGAAGGAAAACCUCUCCUCUUUCUAAGAUAAGAUCAAUCUGUUGUUUUUGCUCUUGACGUCUUUUACUACAGAGCACCUACCUUUCAUCUCUCUCUCUCUCUCUCUCUCUCUCUCUCGCUCUGUGCGUGUGUGUGUGUGUGUGUGUUUUCUUGUGGUCCAGGUUGGCGGAGAUGGAGAACCAGAAUUGUUCCUUCUUCACGGAUAGUCUGUCGCCUGAUGAGAGUCUGUGAGUACACUGCUACCUCCCCCACACACUGAACCCUUUCAUUACAGCCAAGGCCCUGCUCUGAAAUAUGUAAUGUGUGUGUGUGUUUAUGAAUGAGUGUGUGUGUGUGAGAGAGGGAGUGUAUCAGCAUGUGUGUACCUGUGUGUAUGCCCCUGAGUGUGUGCACACGCAUUCAGGGGAGGCUGGGCAAUCACAUAAAGAAAUCAGCAAGUUAAUGAAAAUGACCCAUGGCAAUGCAUACUCCCCCUUCAUCAUAUAAAAGUCUUUGUGAUUAAAGACUGUGGCAGUGGGAGUAAAUAGAAAGGGCUGCUGCACAGGAGACCAGAGGAAGGGAAGAAUGGUGGGAGGGAGGAGGAGGAGGAGGGAGGGAGUGAGGGAGGCCCAUUGAAAUACCACAGAACAUGAUAAGAGCCAGAGGCUGGCUGAAACAAAAACUGGAGGGUGGGGGGAGAAGGGGGCGAGAGAGGUAAUCAGGUGAACCCCUCACUAAGGAAUGCUAUAAACCAACUCAAUUCAUGAAAGGGCCUGGUCGCAGAGGUGUUGGCCCUGAUCAAAGGCUUUGGCUGAGAGAGAAACAGUGUUUUGGGGGUGAGGCAUGUGUGUGUGUGUGUGUGUUUUCAUGAUGAGCACUCACUUACUGCUAUAAAAAAAUGAAAAUUCCCACAAAGGUAGUGGCCUUGAUCAAAGGGUUUACUGUGUGUGUUUUUCAUGUCUAGAGAAAGAGAGAGAGUGUUUGUAUUUACGUGUGUGUGUGUGUUCAUCUGUGUUUCUUUGUUCAAGUCAGUGUGUGUGUAUUCAUUUCUGUGUAUAUGUGUGGGUGUGUUCAUGUCCGCGUGUGUAUGUCUGUAUGUGCACGUGUGUAUUUGCUAAAUAGAGAGGGUCAUGUCAUGGUGUGUGAGGCUGCUAGUUUAAUGUGACUGUUUGUAUAGUUGUUCAGUGUGCUGCUGCCUGCGAGCUCUUAGCUCUGUGUGUCUCUGUGCUGUUGGAAGACUAUUUUGGGUGCUUUGUUCUUAUCAGUAGGGCUACUAUUCUGUCUCUACUGCUGAGUCCCCUCUUUCUUAUGUCACUCUGUUAGCUUGCUGCCCAGUACUGCUGUAUGUCUGGCAGUGCUCUGGCUUCAUUAUUGUCCUUUAUUGCUGCAUACCUUUGUCUAUGCCACUACUUUUUUGUAGAAUUUCUUAAGACUGUCUUGAAUUUCUUAAGACUGCCAGUGUGCUUGUGCUGAUGUGCGUCUAUUCUGUCCGUGUGUCUGUUGCUGCCUGUGUGUCUUUUGCUGUCAGUGUGUCAGUACUGCUCCUCAAUACCAAUGUGUCUUUGGCGCUUUGCUACUGAUUUGCUGUCUGUCCUGCUCUGUGGCUGUGCUGUCUGUCUGCUCUGUACCAGUGUGUCAAUGGCUCGGUGCUGCUCUGUGCUGUCCUGUCCUGUGCUGUCUUGCUGCGGCUCAGUGUGCUGAGUGUCUCCUGUGAUGUGUUAUGUGGGGGACUCAGGGAUGAAGAUCAGUACCUCCUGCGUCACUCCAGCCCCGGCGCCCUGGACCAGGACUCCCCCAGUGGACAGCAGAUGCUGCUGGCCCACCUGGACUGCCAGGACAAGGACGAGCUGCAGAGAACGCUGGCCCGCCUGGAGAAUGAGAACCGGUGAGAAAAUAGAACCUUUAGGUUUUAGAACCCUUGGUCUUAUAAUCUUUAGAAUUGGAACCUUUCGGCCUUACAACCUUUUGGCCUCAUUUCGGUCGUAGAAACGUUUGGUCUUAGAACCUUUAGGGCUUAUUAGCACCUUUAGGACCUAUAACCUUUAGGACCUAUAACGUUUAGGACUUAGAACCUUUAGGACUUAGAGCUGUUAGGUCUUACAACCUUACAGGGCCACUACCAUGGCCAUCAUAAUCAAUCAUCUUAUGCUUCUGGCACCAAAUUUGAGAACUACACAUUGGUAGUGGAUGAGGUGAGUGCCGCCAGACAACAUUAAGAUACCUAGUUAAAACCACUAUGUUAUUAUGAUCAUAGGUUACAAUGCCUUCCCAAGUCAUAAACACACCACACACAGACUACAAAGUGCACCUGUUAAAGCAGUGGCCCAUAAAAGACCCGGCUCUUUCAUGUCCUCAAAGCAUCCACAUAAUCACAACACAAACAGAACACUGCUGGGAGUCAAAUGAAAUAAACAAAUGAAAUAAACAAAUCAAAGGUGUCAGAUAAAAACAAGAUCUAUUGACCCUAUGAUAGGGUGACUAGUGAAUAGAGUAUACUAUUGUAUGAUACAUUAGUGUGAUGGGAAAUAAAGGGCUUUGGAACACAUUACAUUUGAUUGUUGUAUAUUGUGUGUCACUAAGUAAACCCUUAAGUCCUUAAAUAAAAGUUCAAAUGUAGGGGAGAGGUGUCAUGGCGGACUGAACACAGCGGUGCAGAAUGCCUCAAGAUAAAAUGUAAUAUUUAAUAUCUGUUAGUUUUACUAAAUAUUAGCACUUCACUCCACAUACUCUCUGGAAAUAACCUUCAAUCUGGAUAACAACACAAAACAAAUUAUAAGACUAGAGAAAUGUAUCGACCAAUAUCACCAAUACAAUCAACACCCAAACAUGUCGGAGAGUAAGCUUGGAGAACCAAUCCCCAAAAGAAAACGAGACUCCUCGACAGACACAGACGAUUUAUGCUUUUCACCACCGGGAAUGGUAAGUGUAGAAAUGGACUUGCUAAAGUCGAUAAAUGAUAAACUGGGCAGACUUGAACUAGUCAGUAAAGACAUAAAGGAGUUGAAGGCCAGCCUCGAGAUGAGUGAUGAAAAAACUGUGACAAUGUAGAAAGAAACAAUCAAGCUAAAAGGUACAGUCAAUACGAUUAAAUAAAAUGGACGUGAAAGAACUUAAAAAGGAGAACAUGUUUCUGAGAGAAUCCUUACUUGAAAUACAGACUAGGUCUAUGAGAGAAAAUCUGGUACUUACUGGUAUCAAAGAAAAAGAGGGUGAAGAUCCCGAAAGUGUGGGGAAUUAAUGAUUUGUUACAGUGCUACAGAUCCCAGGCGAUACUGUCUUCAAAAUCAAACUCGAACGUGUACACCGUUUCGGACAGAGAUAUGAGCGCCCAAUCGUUGCAAAAUGUGCAUUCUUUAAGAUAAAAUAAUAGUUAAAAGCCUGGGUAAAAGACUCGCUGGCAUGAAUGACCAGUUCCCGAAGGAAAUUGCAGAAUGGCACAAAGUUCUGUACCCACUCAUCAAGGUUAAUAGAUUAAAAAGGAAACGUGUAGCUCUCAUAGUCAAUAAACUGUACAUUGAUAACCAAUUGUUCCAAGACUAUUCCAUGGCUAUUCUAAAUAUUACAAAGUUCCCAUAGAGAAAACAAUAAAAUACAACAAUUGAUAAAGAAAUAAACUACAAAUACACUAUACCAUUCAAGAUAGGAAAUGUUGUAAAAUAAUUAGUAUUUGACUUUCUAUUUAUAGUAUUUAUAAAUAGAUCAAAUACAGCAUUAGAAGAAAGGAUAAAUAUUGAAUUAAUACAUCUUCAAAUACAAGGAACUGGAACACAAAAGUACUCAAAAUCCUGAAAGGUAGGAAUCAACAUGGUAGGGAUAAAAACAAUGUUGUGCAGAUAUGGGAUAUACAUUUGAAAAUAAAUAAUAAAAAUAGUAUAUUUAUUUAUUGUCCGAACGGUCCCCUAGACACCCACCUGAGCGACCCAUACAGAAGAAAUCAUUAUCUGUUUUAUAGGCCUAGUGCAAGUAGCCUUCACAUAAUACCUCAUAAUGUUUUUUUUACAUUUAAGCAAAUAAUAAUCAUAAUAAUAAUAUGACAUUUAGCAGACGGACAAUGUAUUAAAAAAACAAAAAAAACAACAACUAAUUUACAUAUUUAUUCAGACCCUUUGCUAUGAGACUCGAAAUUGAGCUCAGGUGCAUCCUGCUUCCAUUGUUCAUCCUUGAAAUGUUUCUACAACUUGAUUGGAGUCCACCUGUGGUAAAUUCAAUUGAUUGGACAUGAUUUGGAAAGGCACACAACUGUCUAUAUGAGGUCCCACAGUUGAAAGUGCAUGUCAGAGCAAAAACCAAGCCAUGAGGUCGAUGGAAUUAUCAGUAGAGCUCUGAGACAGGAUUGUGUCAAGGCACAGAUCUGGGAAAGGGUACCAAAACAUUUCUGCAGCAUUGAAGGUCCCCAAGAACACAGUGGCCUCCAUCAUUCUUAAAUGGAAGAAGUUUGGAACCAGCAAGACUCUUCCUAGAGCUGGCCACCCGGCCAAACUGAGCAAUCGGGGGAGAAAGGCCUUUGUCAGGGAGGUGACCAAGAACCCGAUGGUCAGUCUGACAGAGCUCUAGACUUCCUCUGUGGAGAUGGGAGAACCUUCCAGAAGGACAACCAUCUCUGCAGCACUCCACCAAUCAGGCCUUUAUGGUAGAGUGGCAAGACGGAAGCCACUCCUCAGUAAAAGGCACAUGACAGCCCGCUUGGAGUUUGCCAAAAGGCACCUAAAGAUUCUCAGACCAUGAGAAACAAGAUUCUCUGGUCUGAUGAAACCAAGAUUGAACUCUUUGGCCUGAAUGCCAAGCGUCACGUCUGGAGGAAACCUGGCACCAUCCCUACGGUGAAGCAUGGUGGUGGCAGCAUCAUGCUGUGGGGAUGUUUUUCAGCGGCAGUGACUGGGAGACUAGUCAGGAUCGAGGGAAAGAUGAACGGAGCAAAGUAAAGAGAGAUCCUUGAUGAAAACCUGCUCCAGAAUGCUCAGGACCUCAGACUGGGGUGAAGGUUCACUUUCCAACAGGACAACGACCUUAAGCACACAGCCAAGCCAAUGCAGGAGUUGCUUCGGGACAAGUCUCUGAAUGUCCUUGAGUGGCCUAGCCAGAGCCCGGACUUGAACCCGAUCGAACAUCUCUGGAGAGACCUGAAAAUAGCUGUGCAGCAACGCUCCCCAUCCAACCUGAUAGAGCUUGAGGAGAUCAGUUUUGUAUUUGUAACAAAUUAGCGAAAAUUUAUAAAAUCCUGUUUUUGCUUUGUCAUUAUGGGGUAUUGUGUGUAGAUUGAUGAGUGGAAAAAUAAAUGUAAUACAUUUUAAAAUAAAGCUGUAACCUAACAAAAUGUGGAAAAAGUCAUGGUGGAGGCUCAAUCAAGCUAGUCGUCUUGACUACUUUCUUAUGUCAUUCUCGCUGGCACCAAAAGUUUUAAAAGUGUUGAUAGGGGACAGAAUGCGGUCGGACCGUCAAAGAAUUGGCAUGUACAUUACUCAUACAGAAUUUCCACGUGGGCGAGUAUAUUGCAAAUUUAAUCAAAGCCUAUUGGAUGAUAACUUUUUUUUAACUAGGACAGAAGAAUUUAUAACUGACUUUUUCUGACAUAACAUAGGUACAACAGAUCCCCUUAUUGUAUGGGAUACUUUUAAAUGUGCCUUUAGAGGCCAUGCAAUUAAAUACUCAUCUCUAAAACAAAAGCAAUUCAGGUCAAAAGAGUCCAUAUUAACAAAGGAAAUAGAAGGACUAACAGUACAGAUAGAUAGCAAUAAAAACUGUACCAUAGAGGCAAAGAAUACGUUUGAGGAAAAACAAAAAGAAAUGGAGGAACUUAUUCAAGAAAGAGCAAGUGUAAUAUAUUAUAAAAAUAAAGUGAACUGGAUGGAAUAUGAGGAAAAAAGCACCAAAUUAUUUUUUAAUCUUCAACAUAGAAAUGCUACCUAAAAUGAUUUACUUAAACUUGUUACAAAUGAUGGAGUCACCCAUGAUUCACCCCAAAACAUUUUUAAAGAGGAAGCAAAGUACUUUAAGCAUAUGUUUUCGUUUCAGUCUCCUCCAUCUCCACUAACCGAAGUUAAUUGUAUGGAUUUGUUUUCUAUGAAUAAUGUAUAAUUAACAGCUGUACAGAAAGACUCAUGUGAAGGCCAAAUUACAGAGGAGAAACUUCUUGAUGCAAUUAAAGCCUUUAAGUCCAGGAAAACUCCAGGGCUUGAUGGCAUACCAGUUGAGGUAUACCAAAACCUUUUUGAUGUACUCAGAGGACCGGUAUUAGCAUGUUUUAACCACUCCUAUAAAAAUGGUUGAUUAUCAGAAGGUUGAUUAUCAGAAGGUCUGAUUUCAUUAUUACUGAAACAGGACCCAAGUGGUAAAUAUAAAGAUUCAGUCCAUUUAAAAAUUUGGAAGCCCCUUACACUUCAGUGUUGUAAAAAGGUAUUGUCGGAUAUUAUUAUUAUCAGACAGGUUUUUUUUUACAUGGAUGAUACAUUGGAGAUAAUGUAAGACAAUUACUGGAAACAAUAGAACACCGAAAAAUCUGGGAAACCAGGCCUGGUAUUCAUAUCUGACUUUGAAAAGCCUUUUGACAAAGUAUGACUGGAAUUUAUAUAUAAAUGCCUGGAAUAUUUCCUUUGUGGAGAAUCUCUUAUACAAUGGGUUAAAGUUAUGUAUAGUAACCAUAGGUCUAAAAUAGUAAACAAUGGUUACUUCUCAGAAAGUAUUAAACUAUCAAGAGGAGUAAAACAAGGUUUUCCACUAUUGGCAUAUCUAUUUUUUAUGGCCAUCGAAAUGUUAGCUAUUAAAAUCAGAUCCAACAAUAAUAUCAAGGGGCUAGAAAUCCAGGGCUUAAAAACAAAGGUGUAAUUGUACGCUGAUGAUUCAUGUUUUCUUUUAAAUCCAAAAUGUGGAUCCCUCCACAGCCUCAUAGAGGAUCUAGAUAUGUUUUCUAACCUCUCUGGAUUACAACCAAAUUAUGAUAAGUGUAUUAUAUUACGUAUUAUGUAAACAGAGUCAAAAUUAGAUCGAAUAUGGCCUUUUCCCAUUCACUGAAUUUGAUACCAGAGGCAACCUUCAUAGGUAUGAUUCAUCUGAAUUAUUAUAUUUUGUCUUUUCUGCAUGUCCCUGACCUUUGGGCCAACACACACACGCACACACACACAAGCGCACACACACAUACAGUGGGGAAAAAAAGUAUUUAGUCAGCCACCAAUUGUGCAAGUUCUCCCACUUAAAAAUAUGAGAGAGGCCUGUAAUUUUCAUCAUAGGUACACGUCAACUAUGACAGACAAAUUGAGAAAAGAAAAUCCAGAAAAUCACAUUGUAAUUUAUUUGCAAAUUAUGGUGGAAAAUAAGUAUUUGGUCACCUUCAAAUAAGCAAGAUUUCUGGCUCUCACAGACCUGUAACUUCUUCUUUAAGAGGCUCCUUUGUCCUCCACUCGUUACCUGUAUUAAUGGCACCUGUUUGAACUUGUUAUCAGUAUAAAAGACACCUGUCCACAACCUCAAACAGUCACACUCCAAACUCCACUAUGGCCAAGACCAAAGAGCUGUCAAAGAAACCAGAAACAAAAUUGUAGACCUGCACCAGGCUGGGAAGACUGAAUCUGCAAUAGGUAAGCAGCUUGGUUUGAAGAAAUCAACUGUGGGAGCAAUUAUUAGGAAAUGGAAGACAUACAAGACCACUGAUAAUCUCCCUCGAUCUGGGGCUCCACGCAAGAUCUCACCCCGUGGGGUCAAAAUGAUCACAAGAACGGUGAGCAAAAAUCCCAGAACCACACGGGGGGACCUAGUGAAUGACCUGCAGAGAGCUGGGACCAAAGUAACAAAGCCUACCAUCAGUAACACACUACGCCGCCAGGGACUCAAAUCCUGCAGUGCAAGACGUGUCCCCCUGCUUAAGCCAGUACAUGUCCAGGCCCGUCUGAAUUUUGCUAGAGUGCAUUUGGAUGAUCCAGAAGAGGAUUGGGAGAAUGUCAUAUAGUCAGAUGAAACCAAAAUAUAACUUUUUGGUAAAAACUCAACUCGUCGUGUUUGGAGGACAAAGAAUGCUGAGUUGCAUCCAAAGAACACCAUACCUACUGUGAAGCAUGGGGGUGGAAACAUCAUGCUUUGGGGCUGUUUUUCUGCAAAGGGACCAGGACGACUGAUCCUGGUAAAGGAAAGAAUGAAUGGGGCCAUGUAUCGUGAGAUUUUGAGUGAAAACCUCCUUCCAUCAGCAAGGGCAUUGAAGAUGAAACGUGGCUGGGUCUUUCAGCAUGACAAUGAUCCCAAACACACCGCCCGGGCAACGAAGGAGUGGCUUCGUAAGAAGCAUUUCAAGGUCCUGGAGUGGCCUAGCCAGUCUACAGAUCUCAACCCCAUAGAAAAUCUUUGGAGGGAGUUGAAAGUCCGUGUUGCCCAGCGACAGCCCCAAAACAUCACUGCUCUAGAGGAGAUCUGCAUGGAGGAAUGGGCCAAAAUACCAGCAACAGUGUGUGAAAACCUUGUGAAGACUUACAGAAAACGUUUGACCUGUGUCAUUGCCAACAAAGGGUAUAUAACAAAGUAUUGAGAAACUUUUGUUAUUGACCAAAUACUUAUUUCCCACCAUAAUUUGCAAAUAAAUUCAUAAAAAAUCCUACAAUGUGAUUUUCUGGAGAAGAAAAUUAUCAUUUUGUCUAUCAUAGUUGACGUGUACCUAUGAUGAAAAUUACAGGCCUCUCUCUUUCUUUUUAAGUGGGAGAACAUGCACAAUUGGUGGCUGACUAAAUACUUUUUUCCCCCACUGUAUGGACUAUGGCGCUUUAGCAGACAUCUCACAGCAUUUACUAUCAAAGCUUAUUGUGGCCAGUGUGUGUGUCAGUGAAACUCUCAGCUCUUUAAAAUGCUGUCUGCUGAUGUCUCUGUCCUCUCUCCUAUUCCCAGGGUGCUGCAGGGGGAGUGGCGGCGGCUGAAGUGGAGGCAUGAGGAGGCAGCGGCGGCGCCCCAACUGACAGAGGGGGGCGAGGAGGGUCUGGGAUCGCCCACGGGGGGCCAGCAGGACGAGGAACUCCUGGCCGAGGCGAGGGCCCUCCGGCAGCACAAGACUCGCCUAGAGACACGAAUGCAGAUCCUGGAGGACCACAACAAACAGCUGGAGUCCCAGUUGCAGAGGCUACGAGAGUUACUGCUGCAGGUAGGGAGGGAGGAAGGAGAAACAAAUGGAAAGUGGUAAGAAAGAGGAGGGAAAGAAAGAAACAGAUGGGUUGGAAAAGAGGGGAGGGAGGGACAACUUUAGUAAAUAGAAAAAGACUAAUGACUUAAACUGCAGGUACAGAGACAGGAAGGGAGGGGGAUAGAUACCAUGAGAGACAGAGGGAAAUACCUAUGGUAAAGAGAGAAAGCGAGAGGGGGAUAGACUCAAGAGGGAUUAAGAAGCAGAAUGAUACGGGACUGAAGCUAAAAGGAAGAGAGAAAGGGGAAUAACAAAGAUAAUGGAUGGAUUGAGAGAAAAUAUGACACUGCUGUAGAAGUAUAUGAAUGUGCGAAUGGGGAAGAGAGAGGGGGAGAGGAAGGACUGAAAGCUAAUUUGUACUGCUUCACUAGGGUAGAGAGAGAAAGAGAGAGUGACAGAAAGACAUUUCCUCAUGUGAAAAGACUUGGAAAUUGGUAAUAGAGAGCGGAGAUUGAAAGAGAGACUGAUUUAGUGGGAAUAGGGGAAUAGGAACAGAGGGACAGAAUACCAAACAUUCUAAAGUUGUAGAUUUUAACUUUCUGUCCACUUCUAUGAACCUCCCGACCAUAUAAUGCCAGUCUUUCAAUCUCUUCUUAAGAAAUAAUCAUGCACAUAAGCUCUUUAUAUGAGUCAGUUUAUAGUUCCAAUAUGAAGUGAUGGAAGUGGUGGAGUGGGGGUGGGUAGUCAACUCUCAGUGUCAACCUCUGUCUUCCUUUGUUCAUCGUAGAACUAGGUCUGAAUCCCCAGCCAACGCAGCCUUCAGUUUCACUGGAACACUUUGACUUAUUUAGUGCAUCUACAGCACGUUUACUGUAUCCUUCAACCCCAACACAUUCCAAGAAACGGUUGUGGUUUUCUGAAGUAGCUGUCAAAAUGGGAAUUCUGUUGGGAUUGAUGACACUAUUUAUUUUCCACCAGCCCAAAGAUGACUCGGAGGCCAACGGAUCGGAACCUUCGUCCCUGUCGUCUCCGGUGUCAGGGGGAGGCCGUCAUGGGGACGGACCCAGUAAAGAGACCACAGACACAGAUGCAACGGGUGAGCUACUAAGACAAAUAUUCCCAAAUAGUAGGUCAGGUCCCACUGGUGGGGUGCAAGUUCCAAGAAAUUCCUACUGGAUUAUUGACUGAAAAAACAUUGUUUUGUUCAUUCUGUGGGCCACAACAACAUUAGUUCAGACAGAAUGGAAUGAUUGAGUGUUCCGUUGUCACUCAUCUCUGGGGCGGCAGGUAGCUUAGUGGUUAAGAGCGUUGUGCCAGUAACCGAAAAGUCGCUGGUUCUAAUCCCCGAGCCGACUAGGUGAAAAAUCUGUCGAUGUGCCCUUGAGCUAGGCACUUAACCCUAAUUGCUCAUGUAAGUUGCUCUGGAUAAGAGCGUCAGCUAAAUGACUAAAAUGUAAAAUCUCUCUCUGUGUGAUGCUGUAUGUGACAGGAGAUGGAGAUGAGGAUCAUGAACAGGACACAGUGCAGCAGCUGCAGGAGGUCAUAGAGCAGCUGAGAAAUGUCUUCCCUUCAGAACCUGGUGAGCCUCUGACCAAACAGAAACAUUAACCUGAUGAAAACACUGAGUGGGGGGGUUAUUUUGGUGUAAAAGGAGACAAAUCAGACGGCGGACAUCAAGGUCAGAAAAUGUUUUUAAUGUCCUAACAGGCUCCUCAUACUAUUGCUAAGAUGUCUAGAAUAAUGGCUCAAAGGAAAAUUAUUCCUCUGAGUCUCAGGGUUAUAUAGUCAUUCUGAAUGAUGUACUGUAUACAUGCCUCAGUUGGUAGAGCAUGGCGCUUGCAACGCCAGGGUUGUGGGUUUGGUUCAGUACGCAAAAAGUAUGAAAAUGUAUGAAUUCACUACUGUAAGUCGCUCUGGAUAAGAGCGUCUGCCGAAAUGUUUAAAAUAAUUAUAAUAUGAGACUGAUACAACUUUUAAUUUAACUAUGAAGACAGUGAUACAAAAUGACCUUGAACAGAGGCGGAAACAAGAUAAGGAAUGUCUGAGGAGUGUCUAGAAAGAUAAGCUACACAAGGUCUUAUCUCAGUGGGGAAAUACAAUAUACAGUGGGGAAAGAAAGUAUUUAGUCAGCCACCAAUUGUGCAAGUUCUCCCACUUAAAAAGAUGAGAGAGGCCUGUAAUUUUCAUCAUAGGUACACGUCAACUAUGACAGACAAAUUGAGAAUUUUCUUUCCAGAAAAUCACAUUGUAGGAUUUUUAAUGAAUUUAUUUGCAAAUUAUGGUGGAAAAUAAGUAUUUGGUCACCUACAAACAAGCAAGAUUUCUGGCUCUCACAGACCUGUAACUUCUUCUUUAAGAGGCUCCUCUGUCCUCCACUCGUUACCUGUAUUAAUGGCACCUGUUUGAACUUGUUAUCAGUAUAAAAGACACCUGUCCACAACCUCAAACAGUCACACUCCAAACUCCACUAUGGCCAAGACCAAAGAGCUGUCAAAGGAAACCAGAAACAAAAUUGUAGACCUGCACCAGGCUGGGAAGACUGAAUCUGCAAUAGGUAAGCAGCUUGGUUUGAAGAAAUCAACUGUGGGAGCAAUUAUUAGGAAAUGGAAGACACACAAGGCCACUGAUAAUCUUCCUCGAUCUGGGGCUCCAUGCAAGAUCUCACCCCGUGGGGUCAAAAUUAUCACAAGAACGGUGAGCAAAAAUCCCAGAACCACACGGGGGGACCUAGUGAAUGACCUGCAGAGAGCUGGGACCAAAGUAACAAAGCCUACCAUCAGUAGUUUGCUAGAGUGCAUUUGGAUGAUCCAGAAGAGGAUUGGGAGAAUGUCAUAUGGUCAGAUGAAACCAAAAUAUAACUUUUUGGUAAAAACUCAACUCGUCGUGUUUGGAGGACAAAGAAUGCUGACUUGCAUCCAAAGAACACCAUACCUACUGUGAAGCAUGGGUGUGGAAACAUCAUGCUUUGGGGCUGUUUUUCUGCAAAGGGACCAGGACGACUGAUCCGUGUAAAGGAAAGAAUGAAUGGGGCCAUGUAUCGUGAGAUUUUGAGUGAAAACCUCCUUCCAUCAGCAAGGGCAUUGAAGAUGAAACGUGGCUGGGUCUUUCAGCAUGACAAUGAUCCCAAACACACCGCCCGGGCAACGAAGGUGUGGCUUCGUAAGAAGCAUUUCAAGGUCCUGGAGUGGCCUAGCCAGUCUCCAGAUCUCAACCCCAUAGAAAAUCUUUGGAGGGAGUUGAAAGUCUGUGUUGCCCAGCGACAGCCCCAAAACAUCACUGCUCUAGAGGAGAUCUGCAUGGAGGAAUGGGCCAAAAUACCAGCAACAGUGUGUGAAAACCUUGUGAAGACUUACAGAAAACGUUUGACCUGUGUCAUUGCCAAGAAAGGGUAUAUAACAAAGUAUUGAGAAACUUUUGUUAUUGACCAAAUACUUAUUUUCCACCAUAAUUUGCAAAUAAAUUCAUUAAAAAUCCUACAAUGUGAUUUUCUGGAAAAAAAUAUCUCAUUUUGUCUGUCAUAGUUGACGUGUACCUAUGAUGAAAAUUACAGGCCUCUCUCAUCUUUUUAAGUGGGAGAACUUGCACAAUUGGUGGCUGACUAAAUACUUGUUUUCCCCACUGUAGGUGCCUGAUUCAUUGCCUUUAAUACAUAUUGGGCCUCAAGGCAACCAGAGUAAAGGUCAAUCCAGUGUGUCCACAGCCAAGCCCUCAUCUGUUAGUACAGAUUUGGCUAUUCUGCAUGUGUUCUAAAACACAUGAUAUUCACCCUUAAUGGAUACUUUUUUUUCCCUCUCUCCUCUUCCAGGAGCCACAUCACUCAUCUAA